AAUACGCCGGGCUGCUGAGGGGACCUGCGCGCGUGCGCAGACGGCGGCUCCGGGCGCCAUGUUGCCUGAGCAGGCAGGGGGGAGGCGUCGUCGUUGGCGGCGGUGAUCGCUCCGGGUCUUCUUCUUUCCCUCUUCCUCCUCCUCCCCCCCCUCGACGUCGUCCACCUGCUGGCCCUCCUCCCGCCCGCCCCCUCCUCUCCGUCGCCGCGCACCUCGCCCUCCCCCCCGGUGGCUGCCGCUGCUGCGUCGGAGCGGGGCGAGGGGGCCGCUCCCUGCUCCCGGGGGCGGCGCACCAUGAGCGCCGGCGGGGGGCGGGUGUGCGACCUGUCCCGCAGGAACCCCCAGGAGGACUUCGAGCUCAUCCAGCGCAUCGGCAGCGGCACCUACGGCGACGUCUACAAGGUACCCGCCUUCUCCGGGGCAUCCCGCAGAGCCCCUUUCUCCGCGCCCCCUUGCAAAAGCUGACCCUUCCCCCUCCCCCUUUCCACUUUCUUUGGGGGGUGUCUUUUAGCAGGACCCCCUUCCUGUCUUUGAUGGUUGCUUGGCCUGCCCGGCCCCGUACCCGUGUCUCAGCAGCCCCUCUCCCAAAUCCACACAUAUCCCAGUGUCAACUUCACCCCCGUUAUUCUUCCCCUUUGAUGUACAUCCCAUUAUUCCCGGAUCUGGGUCUCUCCCUCCCUUGUGGGUGGAAUUGGGGACAUCACUUUCCCACUUUGCUCCCUCCUGGCUCUUUUGGGGGUGCCUUGGAGGUUUGGGAGGGGGGGUGUCACCUGCAACCACAGAUUUCCUUCUCUCUGACUUGUCAUUGUGACACCAGCAUACCUCUCCUGCUGCAGUCCCAGUGCACCAUCUAUUUUUAUUUAUUUAUUGCAUUCUGAAAGAUCAUACCUUAAGAGUGUUUCCUAUACAGUCACUUGGCAUCCUGAGUAAAUAAUACAGACCCCCCCCUUCUUCCUCCUCCCCCAACAUGGGAGGAUCAUGGUGGCUGCAGGGCGAAAAGAAGUUGGUUGUUAUGUGGGGUGGUAGGAGGUGGUGGGUCACCCUAUGUCAACACAGGCCUUGUCCGUAUGUCAUGCCCUCCCAGCCCACUACCCUAUUCCUCAGAUGCUCAGCUCUUGUCAAUAGAGGCCAGUUUUCACCCACAACCUGACAGCCAUGUUUCCCAUUCCUGGAGGCCAUUCUCAGUCUUACCAGCCAGGUUUGUCAGUACAAACCUGGCUUUGAAUGACCCACCCCAGCUAGUUCAAUCCUCAGGGCCUCUGGCCAAGAAAUCCCUCCUAAGACCUGUGAUCUUUUGAUCUAUUGAUCUCUUCCCCCUGGUCUCUCAACUAAUUGGCAUGUUUCUUUUUUUACUUCAGGCCCACAAUCCUGACUUUAGGGGCUUGUCGCCCAAGUCUUCCAGCUGCCCCUGAGGCUAAGAGACAGGAGUCCCAUUUCCUUUUGGGCUUAAAGCGUUUUCUUUCUUGCUAGGAGCUGUCAGUUGGUUAUCAGAAGCAGAGUUUCCUGAGAGCAAGCUCUCUCACUCCCAGGAAUGAAGUCUAGGCUGUUGACGCUUGCAUUUAGGAGGUGAUGGACUCUUGAUAGUGGGAGCUUUAGUCCGAGAUUCCUGCCAGGCUCAUGUUUUGGAGAGGCCUGGUCCCAAGCAGAAGGUGCUCUUCAGCAUUCCUGGUGAACAAGGCACAGCUUCAGACACAGCCAUGUUCUGAGAUAGAAGGAAUAUCACAGAGUCAUGGUUAACUCCAUGUAAAACAAACCGCUUGCCCUGCCUUUCAUCAACACCUCACUUUGACAGAGUCCCUAGGGCUUGUUCAUAGUAAUGUUCUAACAUGCCUUUUAAUCCAAGUUGUAGUGAUACUCUGCUAGAAUGCAUGAUUUACUGAGAACAACUUGUUUUACAAUCCAGUGUUGCCUGUCUUUCAGUUUUCUUGCUUCUCCAAGUAAUGAAGAAUAAGGGAAGGUGUGUGAUAAAGAGAGCCAGGAUCAUUUCGAAUUCUUAGUAAAACAAAACAAACCACCACUAUAGUCCCAAACUAGAGAGGCAUGUAGACACCCUUGACUUUUAAAACCCUGCUUGGAGUGUGGCAUGAGGAGAAGUGGGUUUAGAUCACUCAGGAGAGCUUUGAAAAAGCCCAUGAAUGUUAUUUUGAAUUUGGAAUGCCCUGAGGAGUGAGUGUACCAGGCUACAUAGUCUAGAGGUGGGCCAGAUGAAUGGAGGCAGGUCUCUACCAAAAAUCUGGUUGUGGAGACUGCGUCUAGAAAUUAAGGGUUGAAUUUAACUAACUAGUCCUCUCCCUAGGUGCCUCUCAAACGUUCCCCCAUUGGCUCAGGGUGUGUCAGGAGGACCAUCCCUCCAAGAACAGAAAAUAGGGGGGUUGGGGAAAGAUCAUUCAUUGGAGCAAGCAGAAAUACUUUUGCUGAUGGAAUGUUGACUUCCUCCAUGUAUGGUAAAUCAGUUUUUAGGAUGCAGUUCUUUGCACAUUUGCCUGGAAAUAAGCUCCACAGAGCACUGUGGAAUGCACUUGUGAGGAAAUGUCACACAAUUGGGCUGUUACUCUCAAUGUCUUGUUGCAAACUUAAUAUUUAAAAUAUUAACUUGAAUAUUUUAAUGUCUUUUUUUAUAAGAGACAGUUCUAAGAAAAGACCAAUCAGUCUGAAGGUAGUAGGUCAGAUUAGCGGUCACAUGGGCCUCUAGUUGCCACAGAUAGAUUGCGGGACUAAGAUUUGAUAGGACGUAGGUUCAACUCACAUUGCAGUUAUACCUUCUUUGUGUGCCCUGGGAGGUUUGUUAUCUAUAAGGAUGCUGCUGCUACCUCUCAGGGUUGCAGUUAAUGCAGUGGUGUGGGUUUGAGGCUGAACUAAGAACAUAGUGCAAAGCACUUAGGGGACAGUAAAAAGUAAAUAACAGAUGGAGGGAGCUGGUCAAUUUAAAUUAAACAUUGAGGAAACUUAUGUGAUCAGAACUUCAGAGUAGCAGAACUAUUUCUAACUCUUCCAGUCAUACAAAUGGAAGAAACGUAUGAUGGAAGCUACACUUUGCAUCCCCCUGUACAUAAAUUACAUUAUGUAUAUGAAAAUAAUUACAAUUUUUAAAAAUCUGAGCUAUUGCUAGCCUGAAUUCCAAAGUCGUCCUUGUUUAGUUGACACAAAGAUCUUGUUUAGUUGACACUUCAGUUUUUGUAACUAUUAAGUUAAGCACUUGUGAAUAAUCAAGUUUUUGCAUAUUCUGUUAAAAUGGAAAUAAUAUUGCACAAAUAUAUAUAUAUAUAUAUACACACACACACAUAUGCUGAUACAGAAAAUACUUAAAUGCUGAAAAGCCACAAACUGCUUGGUUACAAUAUAACAACAUAUGUCUUACAAAGAAUGUUGGCAUAAUAUGUUAGUGCAAGAAAACCAGGAAGUGCAUGUUUAGGUUAAUAAUAUUCAGAUGCCUUUUAAGUUUGAUUUCCAUAUACAUGCCAUGAGGAUGUCAAACAAGGUUGUGCAAUCUGGAGUAGUUAAAGAGCCACUUUAUAAACUUUCCUUAAUCAAAGCAUUCUGUAGUUAAUAGAACAUUUGCUGUUGGCAGGGGUUCACAUCUCAGGUUGUCAGUGGCAAACAGAAAUGUAAUUCUGGCAACCAGCAGGAAAUACUUCCAAUACACUCCAGUGUGGGAGUCACAGAUUUCUUUAAAGUUGCUGGCAGCACAGGAAGGCAGAGAAUGCAUUUUUCAAAUGUUGCCAGGAUGCAUCCUGUGCUGAGAUGGGGUCUUAAGUUCGAAGGAAAGAGUUGUUGUGCCCACAUACACAUGUAUGCAUAUACACACAAGCACAGUUUCUGUCAUUUUCUUUUUAAAAAACCCAAAACAUCUUGAUAGGUAGUGAUCAUUUAUGCAUCUGAUUUUGGGCAAAGAUUUUUGUUUCGAAUCUGUGAAAAUCUUUGCUUAUUUGGGCCAUUUCCCACAUGAUGCAGAUGCAAACUCAGGUUUGUUGUAUACACCCAAAAUGCAGCUGCAGCUGCAAAUGCAUCAGUAUGACACGUGAUGAAUUUGCAAAAUAUUUUGCUGAUCACAUCCACUCAACUUUGACGUUAUGUUGAGCUUGAUCUUGGGUGCUAACUGAGACAGUCAGUUAUUCAAUUUUGAUGGGUGAAUUGCGUUGUGUUGAGUCUAGAGGCGAACAAGUUGCUUUGCAGAAUGAGACCAACCACUUGUUUGUUACAUUCUUGUCCAUCCUAGUUAGCUAAAGCUGCCAGCAAGGCCUGCCUUCCCAGUUAGAUGGUGGAGAUUGUAUGCUGCUUUGGAGACGGCUUUUAAGGAAGCUGUCCUGACCACAGGCUAAAGAAAAACAUAACUGGAUCUCAUCAUCCUCAAUAAUUACCGUAUUUUUUGCUCUAUAAGACUCACUUUUCCCCUCCUAAAUAGUAAGGGGAAAUGUGUGUGCGUCUUAUGGAGCGAAUGCAGGCUGCACAUCUAUCCCAGAAGCCAGAACAGCAAGAGGGAUUGCUGCUUUCACUGCACAGCGAUCCCUCUUGCUGUUCUGGCUUCUGAGAUUCAGAAUAUUUUUUUUCUUGUUUUCCUCCUCCAAAAACUAGGUGUGUCUUAUGUUCUGGUGCGUCUUAUACAGCGAAAAAUAUGGUAUUCAUUUUCCAGAAUUGCUUUCUUGAGGAAGGGCCUAGCCAAAACAAUAGAAAUUCAAUUAUAGGCUUUCUUGGUUGAAGUUUGUUAUUUGGAUCCUUUCCAACCUGAGUUCAGAAACUGUCUUUUUGGAUAGCAAACACCAGGAGCUAGACAGGAGGAGCGUGUCCCUGGUGAUUCUGCUGGUUGGUUGAUUCAAUCAAUCAUGGUAUCUUCCCAGAGCUUUGGGCUGAUAUGAGAUUUAGCAGCUCUGUUUUACAGUAGUUCAAACCUAAGUGUUUGAUCCCUCUCAGAAGGUGGUGCUGGGAAACUCCUGCUCAGCCCAUUUGUCUAUGGGGUUCCUCAGGGCUGUGUUUUGUUCUCUUUGUUUUUUGAUAUUUAUUGUAUGUGAGGCCACUUAGGGGAGGUCAUAUGGAGUCUGGGGUUGGGUCUUCUCAUGAUACUCAGCUCGCUCUCUCUCUCUUUCAACUGAUGCCAAAGAGUUGAAACUGGACCCAGCAAUGGAUUGAACGUGGGCUAACAAGAAGAGAUUCAAUCUAGAUAAGUUGGAAGUACUGUUAGUCAGUACACAAGCUAAACUCGGUUGGGGAAUACAGCCUGCUUUGCAUAGGGUUGCCCUAUCUCUGAAGGAUUAAGUUUGCAGUUUGGGAGUGCUUCUGAACCCAGAACUGCUCCUGGAAGAUUAGGUUGGGGAAGGGCUGUAGACCAGUAGUAGAGUAUCUACUUUGCAUGCAAAAGGUUACAGGUUCAUUCCCCAGCAUCUUCAGGUAAGACUGGGAGAGACUCACACCUGAAACUCUGGAGAGCAACUUCUAGUUGGUAUAGACUAUGAGUGGGGAAUAUCAGGCCUGCGGACCAAAUAUGAUCCUCAGUUCAUUCUGUCUGGCCCUUGGAGCCAUCCCUCUCACCAGCCAUGUUUUAUAACUGAGGCAUUUUUGCCUGGCUGGAAUGUGUCAUUGAACUCUGAUAAUGUCUCUUGCUUAUUUGGAUGAAGGAUGCAGAGGAGUGUAUGAGUGUGUGUACAAACUAGUAGACUGCAUUACGGCAAAAUUUACAUUAGUUGAUUUGCCUACUGGCAGGCAGCCCUCAGAAGGUUGCCCAGGAGGGAAUGAGGCUGAAAAGGGUUCCCUGCUCCUAUUAUUCAGGUUGUCCAUUGGCUUCCAGUUUGUUGCUGGGCAUAAUUUAAGAUACUGAUUCUUUUAUAUAAAGCAGGAGUAGGGAACCUGUGACCUUCCAGGUGCUGAUGGACUACAACUCCCAUCAUCCCUAGCCACGCUGACUGUGGCUAUUGGCAGUUGGAGUCCAAGAACCUCUGGAGGGCCACAAGUUCCUCAUUCUUGCUAUAAAGUCCUAAACCAAGCAAAGUCCAUUUCGGGGGUCUAAUCCAGCCCGUUGGUUGGUUUAAUCCGGCCCCUGUGGCAGUCCUAUUUAUUUUGUUUCAACUUCAAUCCUAAAAAAAUGCCAACAACUUUUGUCAGCCCCCAUGGCCCUUCACUUCAUCAAAUCUGGCCCUCUUUGAAAAAAGCUUGGACACCACUGCCCUAAACAGUUUGUGGCUGGGUUUCAUAAAGAGCAGCUUGCCCCAAUAUGAGUUUGCCCAGAGUUUUAAGAUCUGCUUCAGAGACCUUGCUGUAUUUCCCAUCAGCGAGAGAGGUUAGGUUGGUGUAAACAUAGGGGAUGGUGGAAACUCCAGCUGCAGAACUGUUCAGUCUAAGGCAGCUGUUUCAAAUCUUUUGCUUUUGUGUGCCACUGUUUUGGUAUAUUUUGAAUAAAUUUAAUUCAGCUCUAUUUUUAAAAAUGAUUUUUAUUGGCUUGGAAUCUGUAGAUAUAGAUUUAGAUAUAGAUUUAGAUAUAAAUACAGAUACAGAUACACACACAAAGAAAGAGAGAGUUUUUACAUUGCAAGUUGCAUUUGAUGCCCUGAUUGGGAUAAAAUUAAUUUAUGAAAUGGCCCUUAUUUUAAGGAGUUUCAUCUUGGAAUUUGGUGUAAAUUAAUGAUAAACACAUUUAUGUGUAACUUAAUCAUAGAAAAUGAAAACAAUAUAAAAUUCAGCUUUUGUAUAAAAACUGUUCAGAACAUCAAAAGAUUCAGAUACCUGACAUUCAGAUACACUGCAGGGAUAGAAUUGAAAAAACAAAAUAUUAUUACAUCUGACAUAGAUCCUAUGUCUUUGGAAGGGGUUCUUUCUCUGAGACAAGGCUUUUGAAAUAGACUUGCCAUUGAUGGACACAUUGUGGGUUCAAUUGCAAUGGGAGCCCAGAAUCCUCAUUUUUACUCUCAUUCUAAAAGGCUGCAAAUAGUGUAUUAAAACAGACAGUGUUAGUUCAGAUUACAAGAUCAAACACAGGUGUUUUCCCCUACUGCAAGCUGAUUUAUGGCAGUCAUCUCAGAAUAUAGAUGCAUUUGGUGCUGGAACAUAAGAAAUGUCAGUACAAUUUGGCAGACGUGAUUUUUGAGAUUAGUAACACUUAUGUUGGCUCAUCAUCCCUGUGUAUGUUGGAUCCUUUCCAUAAUGGUUUUUCAUAUGAAUCCGCACUGUGAAAUAAGUGCAAGUAUCUUAGUAAUGGAGAAAAUUCCUAGAUAUUCAUAUUUCUUCUUUACUUUCUUAACUGGAAGUUGCCAUUCUUGAUCUCAUGGACAGAAGUAUUCUAGGAAUGGAUUUUAAGGGUCCUACAUUUUAACAGUAGUUUCCAAAAUUCAGGAUCUCACUCCUCACAUAAGAGAACAGGAAUUAGUGUUUUGGUAGACCAUAUUGUUUGUUAGUUUCUAUUUAUUUAUUUCAUAAAAUUUAUACACUGCCUUAGGGAUGUUGGUUUUGUACUGCUGAGCCUUGGGACUCAGAUUGUUAAAGAAAAAGUGAUUUCUAUGCAUUGUAUUUGUGAGAGAACAUUGUGCCAACAGAUGGCAACGUGGAGUUCUGUUUUUCUUUACCUGUUUUCCCUGUUUAAAUUUCCAACUCUUUAAACUGAAAUGCUUCUUUGAUGUGUCUAGAUCCAGCCUUGGAUUUUCUUCAUUAGCCUAUUUGAGCAUUGUGGCAUUAUGUGAUCAUAUUGAUUAAUGGACCUAACCGAUUUUCAAGAGACCAUAGUUACAGAUUAUUGGUUAUUCAGCUUUUCACUUGUUAGCACUUAAUAUAAAGUGAUGACUACUUAUUGGCUUAGUCUGUUGGGACCAGCUAUGGUAAUUGGUUAGAAAAUAUGGCAAAGACAACCACUCACUACCUACAGAAUGAACCACUAUGCAAAGAUUGUAUGGGGUACCUUGGUUUAUGGUAGAGCGGGGGGUUGCUGCUUGAUAUUUUAUUAAAACUUCACUGUCCAUUGGCAUGCUUAAGGCGUCUAACAAGAUUGCAGUUACACAAAACAAUUACAAUGCAGAAUUCUAAGUUUCAGUGGAAAAUUAUUCUUGAUAGAAACUUGUAGAGCUGGAUUUGGACCUUCCUUUAGCUUCUGGCAGUUGAAGGACUUUCAGUGCUAGAGCAAAUAUGAUCCACGAGGGCUGGCUUUGGCCUCUAAAUCUGCCUUCUAAGGUAGCAGCAGUGAUUGUUAAAGCAAGUGAAGCAAUGAGUUUGACUCAUCCGCUGCCUUUACUCUUUCUCUUUGUUCGCUAGUCCAGUUUACAGUGAAACUCUGCAACAUCCCAUCUCCAUGCAGCUCUCUUAAAGGAAGAAGAGACUUACUACUUUCAGUUCACCAAAACAAAAGUCACUCUAGAAACAUGACAACUCAUCAAAUAGUUUCCUGGAAUUACUGCUAAUAUAAUAUAUGGCAGUUUAUAAGAAGAACUUACAAACAGUAGUCAGGGCAGAAUUUACAAGGCUACUGUGUUUUGGUAGAAGCAGGACCCUAACUUCCACCUGGGUCCCUUCUCAUUCCCCCUUCAGUAAUACACCGUAUUGAAAGUGCAACAUGACUGAUAAGGGUAUGUGGGAAAAUACUGAUUGGCAACAUCUAACGAUGCCCACCCACUUGCGUGUUGGGACAUCCCCAAUCUGUUCUCCCCUGAUGCCCAAGAAAUCUGCUCUAGAGUCUCCUAACUCAGAGCAAAUUCCUAAGCAUGUUUACUCAGAAGUAAGGCCCAGUGACUUUGAAGUGAUUUAUUCUCAGUAAGUUCAAGUAACUGCCCAUUUACGCCCAUUCAAUAUGCACGUGGCUACACAAACUGAAGGGAUGCGGGUGGUGCUAUGGGUUAAACCACAGAGCCUAGGACUUGCCGAUCAGAAGGUCGCCGGUUCGAAUCCUCGCGACGAGGUGAGCUCCCGUUGCUCGGUCCCUGCUCCUGCCAACCUAGCAGUUUGAAAGCACAUCAAAGUGCAAGUAGAUAAAUAGGUACCGCUCCGGAUAGGAAGGUAAACGGCGUUUCCAUGCGCUGCUCUGGUUUGCCAGAAGUGGCUCAGUCAUACUGGCCACAUGACCUGGAAGCUGUACGCCAGCUCCCUCGGCCAAUAAAGCGAGACGAGCGCCGCAACCCCAGAGUCGGUCACGACUGGACCUAAUGGUCAGGGGUCCCUUCACCUUUACACACGCUGAACCGUGAAGUGACCUAAAAUGUCACAAAGGGGUUGGAACAGGACGGGGGAUGGAAGGACGGACAGAGUGUUUGCAGGCUUUUCCAAUGGUGUUUCAAAUAUACACGAUUUCACUGACACACACUGUUCCUCUGAACAUAACCCCCAUGUAAACAGGUUGCCUGUAUGUUUAGAAUUGCAGACUUGUUGUCAUAGAAUAAUAGAAUUUCCAUCCCCUCCUGCCCGACUCACCUACUGCAGCCUUCUGUAUAAUAUCCAGUUCUGUUCUGGAGUGCCCCAACCCCUCAAGAGCAACUAGCUUUUCAAUUGGUACGAGGAGCUGGAUGGGAUGCCCUUCCUGGUAUGAGCAGUAGUGCUUUAUCACUAGCGCAAAGCCUCCACCGGAUACAACCGGGUGACUUUAUCACAAACUUGAGUAGCAUUAGGUUGUUUUAUAAUGCAAAUUGGACUGCUAGUGUGGUAUGAAUAAUUAAGGCACAUUGAUAUUUAUAGACAGUCUUUUCCCCCACCCUCGAAGGUCUCUAGAUAGCCUAUUGCAUGCUUUUAAUAAUAACAAAAUAUCAUAUAUAUGGGAGUGAAGAUUCCCUCUUGACUGUUUAACUAUGAUUUUAAAUUUGCCCUUCCACCCACCAGAACUUUGAAGGUGGCUCAGUUAAAAGUUGAGUGUCCAGAUUUUAAGUGCUUUAGUAGCACUGCUUGUUUUCUUAGUUCUAAUAUCCUUUGGUUGUAUUUUUUAAUAGGCUCGGAAUGUUAACACAAGUGAACUGGCAGCGAUUAAAGUAAUAAAAUUAGAACCAGGUAAGCUUUUCAUUUUUUUUCUACCUUGUAGUUCUAUUUCCAUUUAUUCUUUUUGUGUGUCCCCCAUCUUCUUCUUUUGGUGUGUGUCUUGUUUUUAAAAAAGGUGUCUGACUGACCCAUGGCACCUGAAUAACUAUUGCUAGCAAUUAAUUUCCCCAAAGAAUAACUGUAAUCUUAUCAGAGCGCUUUUUAACAGUCUUUGGUUAAGAUAAUAUCCAAUUGGGGCAACCCACUUGUACAAGGGACUUCCACUUGCACAGUCAGGAUUUGCCUUUACUCCCUUCUCCUGUGUGCCCCCCAAACCUGCUCUGGAUGGUUGGGGAGUCUGCAGUCGCACCAAAAUGUGUUAGGUUGGUGCCACAGUUCUAAGGCCCUGCUGUGCACACUCUUUGUUCUCAAUGAGUAAAGAGUUGAAAGGCUGGCAGAAAAAAAUUAACGAAUUCCCGCCCCCCACAAAUAUAAGUGAAUAAAAUAUGUUACUGUUUAUCAGUUCCUGACCUUUCCUAUCUUAACCUAAGAUAGUAUAGAAUUCUUUAUUCCAAGUAUAGGGGGGAGAAAUACUGGAAAAACCAAAGUAAUAUAACAGCUUUCUGCUGUCUGCUGGCAAAAAUGGCAAAAAAGAGCAACAUUCACUAGCAUUUUUCUGCCUUGUAUGCUGGUAAGGCUUACUGUACAGUCACACCACCCUGAAAUUCUGUGUUCUUAUUUAAAGAAGAUGAUCUAAGCAGGGAAGUGGCUAUAGGUAACACUUUGGCCGUAUUUCAAGGACCUUUGUAAGUUACAGAACACCUAGAAACCAACACAGCCGGGUGCAAAGGAAAGAGUAAAGGGAUAAACUUCCCUCUACAGAGAAGUCUGUGCCAAGUCAAACAUACAAGGAGGUUGCAGACUUUGCGAACAUAACUAGCAGUGAGUAUUCCUGUGUGUAUCUGCGCCUCCUGGAAUCAAAGCGGUGCAUAUUCUUGUAGAAAAUCGCUUUUUGAUUUAAAAACCCAGAUAUUCCGAGUGCUUAAUGGCUUGGAGAAAAGCUUGAGAAACGUGUGAAUGGUGCCUGGUUAAAACAUGACAACUGUGAGUGGAUUUUUGCAAGGCUUCUAACGAUCACAAAUGUGACACUUUGGUGAUCAGAACAGCUGCCAUUCACUGGGCUCUGUUCUUUUGUCAUUCCCAAUAUGCCCACACACAUAUAUUCCGCAUUUAUCCUUGCCAGAAACUCCAUACCCUUUGAAAAGCUGACGCUUGAAAGCAAAAUGAGCUGUGCCCUGUAGCUGUGCACAUGCAAAUUAGCCUGACUUGCUAAUAAGUCACUUGCCCUAGUCAUGCUUGGUGGUGUCCAUGCAAUUUUUCCUGCAUAUAAAUAAUACCCAUGCAGGAAAGUGUUGGCAUGUAUAGCAGGACUGAAGAAGGAACUAGACCUGGUAUUCAGCAUAGAUCUAUUGCCGAAACAGAAACCCCAUGUGCAUAUACGUAAACUGUAGGCAGAUUAUCUCUGGUGUUUCUCCAGCAGCAGCAUCUACUGCUCUGGGGCAGAGAGACCUUCCUGUGCUGUGAUGUCAGCAUGUCAUGCAAAUCUGCCUUAAAUAUUAAGGGCAGUAAGAAGGGAAUUCAGCCUAGGGCAGGGCAUUUAAGCAAACCCUUUGGAUUGCAGCAACACUGCAAAUUAGGUUAGGCCAUGAGAAAGUGACUGACCAAAGGUCAUCCUGUGAGCUUCAUGGUUGCUGGGAUUUGAACCCUGGUUUCCCACGUCGUAGUCUGACACUCUUAACUACUCCAACACAAGAACUCUUGAAAGCAAUUGCUUAGGAUUGUUUCAGGGUUUUUUCAGAAAAUCUGAAUAAGUGGGUUAUUGAUAACAGGGAGGGGGGAGAAUAAUUCUCUUUAUAUAGUGUAUUUUAAGAAUGGAAGGUUAUUACACAUGCAUUGUCUAGGUAAGCCUUACCACAGCCUUUUAAGGUAAGCCAGUAUUUAUUGUUAUCAUCCCUUACUGAGUUACUAAAAAACGUGCUCUCUUUUGUAGGCGAAGAUUUUGCUGUUGUGCAGCAGGAAAUCAUUAUGAUGAAAGACUGUAAGCAUGCAAACAUUGUUGCUUAUUUUGGCAGCUAUCUCAGGUAUAUUUUUAUGGUGUAUUUUAUUCUUCUAAGAAUUCUUCGCUGCUUGCAAAAAUAAAAGACCUAUUAUGACCCUGAAUUUGGAUGGUGGGGGUGGGGGGCAUCGGGGGGGGGGAUUUGCCAGUACCAAGUUUUAAUUAUCUGUGGCAUGCUGCACUCCCUAGGGAGUUUGUUUUGUCUGUUUUCUCAUAUCCAUAGCAAAUCACUUCAAACUCCUUGGUGGUUCCUGCCCUAGAGUAUACAGAGGGCACGAUAAUCCUUUUUCUGGAAAACGAUUAUGUAGGCUCUCUUCUCCCCAUCACAAGUUCUUGCCUCAUUGCUCUACGCCAUUUCCCUGGGCUUCAUGGGUACUUCUCCUCCAGCACGAAGAAGGAUGAAGAUGGAACCUAGUCAGAGUGGAGGAGCCAGAUGGAGUCUUUUGCUUUGAGAGUACAGUUGAUCCUUUUAAUCUGUAAUCAAAGAAUUAAUCAGUCACGGCUGGCUAAUCAAUUAAUGCUAUCAUCCCUCAGUUGAACAAAUCCUUAUUAUACUUCUGCAGAGUACUUUUCCUGUAUUGGCGAGCACUUUCUCUGUAUUGCGUUAAAGACCAAGACAUUCCUCUCCAGCUGUUUCUCUUGUUAAUCAGGUUGUCAGCUUUUCCUUAGGCAUGGCUUCUUGGCCAGAAAAGCAGAAAUGUAUCAAGUGAAGCUCUUCUUGGUAUUCAGUUAUCAUUGUUGUGAUGGCCUGGUGUGUGUGGGAACCCCUCUUGCCAAAUUUCCAAAUGUCUCUAGCUGCAGGUACAAGAGACUUGUCAGGGGUGGGGCAGAGUUGAUCAUCCUAAUUAACUGUCACAGUUAUGCCUGUUUUAUUACAGUUUAGAAAUGUCUUGUUACUUAAUUAUGAAUCACUUCAUUGUUGAGAUUCUUUAUUGUGACCAUUGGCCUAUAGAUAUGCAGUUGACAGUGUUGCUUUGAUGUAUUAAGGCUGAGGUUCAGAUAAAGGGUUGUAUUAAAUGGUGUGCCUCUGUGAACAGGUGGAGUCAUCCUAUUCAUGGAAGAGUCUUUGUAUUUUUAUUAGAUUUCUUAUCCACCUUCACCAUAUAAGAUCCCCAGACGAGUUACAACAAUUUAAAAAUACAAUAUUAAAAUCUGUUAAAGCAAAUUACAGCCUUGUUAAUUGGGUAGCUCCUAAUGAUAUAUAUUUCAAAGGCCAGAUUACCCAUUCAAAGUCCAGCCACAUGUGUUGGGCCAACAAUGUAUUGAGACAGCUCCACAAUAUUCCAGAUGUGGCCAGACCAAGGCAGAAUAGAGUGGUGCUGUUACUUCCAUCGAAUUGGAUACUAUACUUCUGUCAAUGUAUUGUAGAAGAGCAUUCACUUUUUUUUGCUGCUGCAUCAUACUGUUGACUCUUGUUAAGCUGAUGGUCUACUAAGACCCCUAGAUCAUUUUCACAUGUACUACUGGCAAUCCAGGUGUCCCCCAUCUUAAAUUUGUGCAGCUGGUUCUUUCUGCCUAAGUGUAGAACCCUACAUUUGUCCCUGUUGAAAUCCGUUCUGUUAGCUUUGGCCCAGUUCUCCAAUCUGUUAAGGUCAUAUUGAAUCCUGAUUCUGUCUUCUGCUGCAAUAGCUACCCCUGCCAGUUUGGUGUCAUCUGCAGAUUGGCUAAGCAUCUUCUCAAUUCCUUCAUCCAAGAUGUUUAUAAAGAUGUUCCCUGAGUAGUUCCUUCUAAACUCUCAUUGGAACUACUCAGAGUACAUCAAGCCUAAAUAUGCUGCUUUGAAUGUUUCCGGGACCGUUUAUGAUUGAAUUUAACCACAUUUUUGACAUGGCUGUUGAACCUUAGCUGAAGAUAUUUUUGCCUUCAGCAGUUUAAUUAAAGCUGUUUCAUACUUGUUUUCUUAAGACUCAUUGAGUUUAAUCAGGCUAGCUUUUUAGUGAAGGCUCAUUGAGGCAUGAAUUCCGUUGAAUUCCGACAUCCUAAAUUCCUUAUUCAUGAAAACCAUGCAAUUUAUAGACUCAUAUAAUUGUACAGUUGGGAAGGGACCACGAGGAUCAUCUAUCCACCCCCCUGCAAUGCAGAAAUAUUUUGCUCAAGGUGGGGUUCAAACCCACAACCCCGAGAUUGUGUCUCAUGUUCUACCAAGUGAGCUAUCUCUUUAUCUCUUUUCUCUUUGUGUAAUGCUAGGCAUCAAAUUCCAUGUUUCACUUAAAACCUACUAAUAUGAACUUCCCUGCUUAACAGUGAGGUAGAAAAGGCCCAGAGACUUCCCUUGUUAAGACUCUACAUGAUCUGGAAGGAACUGCAGUUUCCUAAAAUAGCAAGGCAAUUCUUGUGUGACUAGUUUGCAGUUUUAUCAGAAUGAAAGAAUGUGUGCUGUUACAUUUGUGGCAAAUAUAGUAAAUUAGCCAGGAAGCUGAGAUGCAGCAUAAUUAUUUAGAUGUGUCCUGCAUCUUUUUUUACAUUGUGCGGCGUAUUUAAUUGUUACUGUGUCUCAACUUCUGCAUUUGGACAGCAUUUUGAAUCAUGUCGGCGUGUUAUGUGCUGCCUUAUGUGGUUUUGUAUUUAUUUUAGAUUUUUUUCCUGCUUACUCUGAAGGCCGUAGAUUGGUUACAUCAUUUUAAAACCAGAAGUGUAAGCAUUGAAAGUAGAAAACUGAGAAAAAUCCUAAUAGAAUGAAAUACCAACCAGUCCUCCAAAGACUGGCCAUUGAAAUGCCACUCCCAAAUGGUAUUGCAUAAUUUACUUCAGCACCUCUUCCAAGAAGAAAAUCCCAUAGUUAUGUAUCAGUGACAGAGAACACUUCUGAAUAUGGAUGUGGUGCCCAAUUCAAAGAGGAGAGCACUCUUGGUCAGUUUUGGAGUUCGCUGCAGGAGAUAGAGAAGGGAGAGUUGUGCAGGGCAAAAGGUGCAGCCUUUAGUGCUUAUCCAAAAAGUAGGGCAAAGUUGCCAUUGCUAACCAUUUAUUUAUUGUUUAUAAAUAUGCAAAACUAAUAAAAUUUGAUUUUUAGACGUGAUAAACUGUGGAUUUGCAUGGAGUUCUGUGGAGGCGGUUCAUUGCAGGACAUUUACCAUGGUAAGUUAAAGAGAGGUGUAAUUCUUCUUGGGAACUGCAGCUAGAAGGUGGAAAAUUAAGAGGGCUCUGUUGACUCCUUUAAUAAUUCCAGAUUGGACCUAGAAAAGUUUAUUUUAAAGCCAAGAAAAUCUAUACAAUGUAUGAACUAUAUAGCCUACAGGCACCACAAAAUAACAGGCCAAGCCUCUUGACUUGAUACAGUGGUAUCUUGGUUUGCAACCGCUUUGGAUUACAACCGUUUUGGAUUACAACCACAUCAAACACGGAAGUGCAUGUGCCUUUUUUUUGGAUUACAACCCUUUUUUUUUUUAGGAUUACAACCAAUUUGGGGGGGGGGAGCCCCACUGGCGAAAGAGCGCGUUGGGUUACAACCUGUUUUGGUUUACAACCGGACCUCCAGAACGGAUUAUGGUUGUAAACCAAGGUACCACUGUAAUAUGAAUAUUCAUUGACUAAUAACUGCUCAGUAUAAGAGCCCUUCUGCCUCAAUUCUUUUUCUGAAUAUUACCUUGUUUUGCUUUCAGCACUGGCAGUUAUGAAAGCUUGUAGUUGGUUACAGUUGUAAGAAGGUAGUUAUGUACAACACUCAGGCUAAAGGAGAUUAGAGGAUGGAUAAGCCACUUCUAAACUUCCAUUUUACCUUAAUAUAUUCAACAGUCAUCUAUGUUUUAAUAAUAGUAGAAUCUCUUUGCACGCCACCAUCCCUUAAAUAAAAACUGUGAAACAAGUAAAUUGACCUGAAAUUCUGCACAUCUUGUAACAAUCCUUGUUGGUUUCUGGAUAUGUGAUAGUGAAAUAUUUGCAACCUUAUCCUAGGCACAAUUAAGUCCUAUUGCUCUCAGUGGAAUUUAAUAUGUUUGUUUUUACAUUUCGUUUCCUGCCUUUCUGUUAUAAUAUCAAACUCAAAGCAGCUUACAGAUGGCUCCCUCUAAUAACAAAACUCAGUUGGCAAGUGCCAACAGAAGUGGAGCCGUAAUGGGGCCUCUGAGAAACAAUAGGGGAGAACUGUUAUACAGUGGUACAUCGGUUUAAGAACAGUCCUGUUUAUGAUCGAUUCGGUUUAUGAACUCUGCAAAACCAGAAAUAUUGUCUUGGUUUGAGAACUUUGCCUCGGUCUAAGAAUGGAAUCCGAACGGUGGAAGGGCACUGGCGGUGGGAGGCCUCAUUAGGGAAAGCACGCCUCGGUUUAAGAACUGUUUCAGUUUAAGAAUGGGCUUCCGGAAUGGAUUAAGUUCGUAAACCGAAGUACCACUGUCCUUAGGGAACAUCUCAGUGAGGACUGAUCAUGUUUACUAACCACCUAGUUCCAAGUGUCUGUUGGAAAAGAGAAAGUGGAAUGCCCUGCUUGAAUGGAAUAGAUGUCUGUAACCCCAAACAGAAAGGAGGAUAUGAUGCAACAUUUUGUUUCAGGUUCCUCUUGUAAAUAGAUAAAUUGCAACAAAAUUUGAAAACAGUUCUAACAGGGGAACAAGUCAAUUAGUGGUAGAAACAGCAACAUGAAAGUAUGCUUAGAAUCCCAACAUUGUUAUUUAUUGCUCAGCAAAGUUUAUCAGAGACAUUUAAUCUUGUUAGAUUGAAUGUUGAAUAGUUGAAUGUUCUGAUUUUCUCUGCUAGUCAAGUAUACAGCAGGGUUUGGAAAAUGCCAACCACAUCUCCUUAUUGAGUAUAAUAUGCCACGUGUGUGGACUUACUAAUAUAACAUGUACCCUGGUAACAAGCUUGUUUGGCCCGUCUAGUGUGGUAAAGUUUUCAGUAUGCUGAAGGCAGAGUUGCAAGCCCAGCGUCACAGAGUGCGGCCCCACUCAAAAGUGUUAUUUGCACAGCAUGGAAGGGAUUUAACCCAGUGAUGAUGCUUGGUCAUAUUUCAGCAGAAUCCUGGACACACCGCAGCAUAUUGUUAUUGGCUGGGGUUCUGCUGGGCUGCAAAGCAGUUUCCUUGCUAUUCUUGCUAAUCUCCUCCCCUUAUUUCUCCACUUGCAAUAGCUGAACAAAAUUCACAGGGAGGGAAAGUGGAGGGUUUCCCCUCCCGUUGAAUGAUAGUGUGACCUUUCUGUUACUCAAGCUGUGUCACUCUUUUAUGCUUGACAAAGAAGAGAGUUCUUCUCUGCUACAGGCAUAUUGUGUUAUUUCGUUAGGCCUCGUCAUUCCUGUGUUUCUCUGUUACACAGUGAUUGAUGGUGUCCUUGUGAUGGUGCCACCUGUGUGUUAGGAAAUGAGCUUAUUUUACGUGUGUGGCUGAACAGAUGUCGGGAGCUAAUGCUUUCCUGUUACUACUGAUUUUGGCUGCAAACCUGCUUUUUAAAAGAGUGAAAUAUUCUGCUUCUUAAUUAAUUUCCAAGCUGUUUCUCUCACCCAGGCCAGUGUCAACCGUUAGAUAUGCAAGUCGUAAAAUCCAAAAGAUUUUAAGCACAAUCUUCUAUGUAUUUCCAUGAGAUUCUUAGACAGAAUAGUUCUUACAACUUGUUCCAUGUUGGCUACAUCUAGAGUUCAGUUUGGAUCAUCUGAUUAUAAUCUUCCACAACUCCCCCCUCCAAGAAACCGAGCUCAUGGUACUCUGAUCAUAGUUUCUAAAGUAUGUAGAACCUGAGAGUUUGGACUGUUUAGAUACACCCACCCACCCACCCACCACCAGAUCACUCUUGGGGGCCUGAGAAAGAAUAGACAAGGAUUUACAGAAAUAAUAAAAUAUCCUAAAAUACCAAGCAAGUUCUUUAAAAGGGAGAAACGUCGCAAAAGAAAGAUAUGGAAAGGAAAACAAAGGCAACUCUUGAAAGCCAAGUAUAGAACAAAAAGGGGGUUGUUUGCAGCUGCACUGUAAGGGUGAGUAGGGAGAAACAAAGGCCAAUAUAUGGAGGUAGGGAGUUUCACGCUUUGGGACCCAGUACGUGAAAAACGUUGUUAUGUUUUUCUAAUCUGGGCAAAAGGGGUAAGACAUCCUCCAAACAGAAUUGUGCCUUGGUCCUUUGGAGCAUCACUACGAAUUCCAGCCAAAAUCCUUAUAUGUGAGCCUGUCUUGGCUUUCUGGCAAAAUGUGAAGUGGUGGUAUUUCUUCUGCUUCCGGGCUAGGAAUAUUAACUGUGUGUGUGCAUGCACACGCAUGUGAGAAACGAUAAGGGAACGAAAUUGCAGUGAGGUGUUAAAGAGUAACAGUGAAAUUGUGGUGAACAUUCUAAUUUUUUGUUGGGGGGGCUCUUUUCUUCUAGUAACUGGACCUCUUUCAGAGCAGCAAAUUGCAUAUGUUAGCAGAGAAACACUACAGGUGAAUAUUCUUCUUAUAUUGUUAGCCUUUGGCAUAGAAAUAAUCUGGAGGAAAAAAGAUAAGUCUCCAUGCUUUUGCUGAAUACCGACAGAUGCGGAAUUGUUCAUUAAUUCUAGGUAUUGCUCUGCUGAUAUUUAUUUAUUUAUUUAUUUUUUAUACCCCACCCAUCUGGCUGGGUUUCCCAGCCAAAUUUGCUACAUAUUUUUCUUGUCCAGUUCUUAGUUGCCUCCCCCACAAAGGAGUCAGUGCUGAAGCUUAUGCGUUUGCCUAUGUAUUACAUAUGUGUGUGUUGGCUUAGGGUGCUGCAGGGAGACAUACCUAUCUUAUGGCUUAGAACCUUAGGCAUCAGAUGUACUGCUCUGUAGCUCACAAAAGAUUCCUGCGUACUUCUGAUUAUUUGUAUUUGCUGUUGAACCGCCAGUACAAGCAGCACCCAAAUUCCAAACACAUUUGCUCAGAAGGAAGGAACAUAAGUGCACUACCUACGAUUGCAGGCUUCAGUAUAGCUAUGGGCUUCUGUCAUGGUUUUUGCCGUUGCCUAAAUUUGAGUCAUCUGAGAUGCUUUUUUGAAGAUGUUCACUGCCGACUUUUUGCCUUGAAAGGAGAGAGUGAACCUGUCUUGUUUCCGCUUCCUUCCUUAUUCCUUCUGUCAGCCUUUCAAAUGUAGGUUGGUCCUGCAGCGAUGUGAAUGAAAAUACAAUCAAGACACAUAGCAGAGACACCAUUUAGCUUUUUUUCAUCUAGUUGGUUUUCCCCCUGUAUAGAAUAAAACAUGAAUUUACACAGGCAACUUUUUCCAAUGGCUUUUUUUUUUUUAACUAUAGGGAUUAUAUUACCUUCACAGUAGAGGAAAAAUGCACAGAGACAUAAAGGUAGGUGAUUCUUUGAAUUGUUUCAUGUUAAAAUGUUAAUCAUGAAAUAUGAUUUUAAGUCCCAUCAGUUUUAAAAAUUGGGAUCAUAUAAAUGUAUUGUAUGGAGGAGGCAGAAAUGUCCUUUUAAAAGGUCUAGUGAAGUGCUUUGGCAGAGGUUUUGUUUCAGUUAUGUUAUAAUGGCUAUUCUGUUCCUGUGGGAUUAUAUCUGUGUUGCAUGUGGAUGAUGCAAAAUACAGUUUAAAUUGAUGAAGACAUAAAGUGGAAUCUAGAGUUCCCCUUGCAUAAGCAGAAGACACUUUCCUAUUUAAGGGGUGUGUGUUGCAGUCCUGUGAUAUUCCAGAAGGCCCUCCUACCUUAGGAAUAACUCUGGGGAGUGCAGAAAGGAAAGAGAUCAAGAAAGUUCCAUUGUGCCCAAGCUUUUCUGGAUCUAUACCAAGGUUUGACAGUUUGAAGAAAGUACUAUCCUUCAUCUCCCUGGGUUUGGAACACUGGGAGUUGAAGGUCUCUGUGAACUGAUGCUGGAGGUUGCAGGGGGAGGAGGAAUCACUGAUUUACAUUAGCGACUGAAAUCACCUUGGGUGAAAUCAACCUGCCAUUCUUACAGGGUCUGUCAAACCUCAGGGGUGACCUGUGAAGGGGGUUUACGAACUGAAGUUGGCUUGGGCUAAUGAGGAUUCAAGCUGAUGAUUUUAGGGAAGCACCAUAUGUUAUUUCUGUUUGAACAACAUCUUGUAAAGGAUAUCUGUGGUUUGUUGUACCCAAAAUGCUAUUUUACUGGCAAAGAAGAGCCAAAGUGUAUACUUUGCAGGAGUAUACUUAGUUCCAGUUUAACUUAAUAAAAUAAAGCAAUGUUGCUGUGCCAUAUUUCUUGAUGACAUAUAUUCCAAUUAGGAUAUCCUAUUUAUGGCAUUGGUUCCAAUUUGUCUUGAUAUGAGGGUGGACAGCUCUGUAAUCAUCACCCUGAGGGUGGGUAUUGCUUGCCACCCCUCUCUUUACGUUUGCAAAUAUGGUUCUAUAGUUGCUAUCCUUUUUUAAAAAAUAUAUGCAAGAAUGGCACUAUAGUUUUGUUCCAUUCCUAGCAUUUAUAUUGUGAAUGUUAAGUAGCAUGUUCGUUGUGUCAAAACAGUUAAAAGAACAUGAAAUCUAAAAAGCUGUCUGUUGCCAUUUCCCCCCUCCAGGGAGCAAAUAUUCUUUUAACUGAUAACGGCUAUGUGAAAUUAGGUAGGUACGUUCACUUCUAUAUACACUUUGCUAUAUGUUGUAGUACGAUCAUCCAGAUGGUUGAGCAGCGAAGUAUCGUAUCAUUAUUUGUAGCUUUGCUUAGGAAAGCAGAAAGCGUACAGUCACAAUCCAAAGAAGUUGUAUGUGUGCCUGGCAAGUUUUUGCUUUGAGGUUUUUACCAGAAUGAUUGCAGAGAUAAGCUGCUGUUCAUCUUUUUCUUUUUCAAAGAAGGCUUUCCUCUUCAGCUGUCAGAACUUGCGGGGCUGGAAACUAGAAAGCUUUGUUUGUAUGUGAAUUUUUCACCUGCAUACACUUAGAGGCUCUUUUGGAUGGUGACCAGUAUUUAUUGUACAGUUUAAAUGAAGACAAUAGAAGGAAGAAAUAGAAGGGUGCAGGAGCAGGCUGCAAGGUAGCCCAUUCAAAAUGAAAAGACUAAUUGUCUUAGAAAUGGGAAGGAAUUGCUUAAUGUGGCCUUUCUUGCACUUUGAGGAUAAUUGCAUAGUUAGAGGGAAAUAUGAAACAAAGAUUAAAAAGGCUUUCAAAAGUUGUUCCAACCAGUUUGUAAAUAUCUGGACUGCAUAAAACUCUGACUGUUCUGUUUGUUACAAUAAGCAUGUUAAUUAUUACAUCACAUUGCCUGCAAAUCUUUUACAGCUGAUUUUGGAGUAGCAGCACAAAUAACAGCUACAAUUGCUAAAAGGAAAUCUUUCAUUGGAACACCAUAUUGGUAAUUGUCCUUUCUUUAGUAAUACUUAUUGCAUGGAUAAAAAUAUAACUUGAGCUGCAUUUUAUCUUGAAGUGGAUGGGGAAACCUUUAUGAAUUGUGUAACAUUUGAGAUGACAGAAUCAGGAUUUGUGGGUUGUCGCUCGAUCAGCAUUUGGGCAGUAGGGGAUUCAGCAUGGAUUGUGGAUUCAUUUUUGAAGGACUUGCAGUAGGCAUGUCUUUCUCAAUCUUCACACAGUACUUGGGCAAAGUUAUGGUUGCCAAUUACCCAAAAGAAAGAGUCCUCAAAAGCAGUUGAGGGUGUAGGUGUGGGUGUGUAUUUAUAGAUCUUGUAGCAUGGAGAUAAAUGUUGUAAAAUGUUAAUGAUACAAUUAGAAUAGCCGGUUGAAAUGUUGGCAGGCAAAGUGGAAAAACAGCAACCUUGACCUGGCAUUGGGACGCGUGAAGGUAGGAGGGCAUUUGCUGUGUGUGGCUUAAUUAAAAGUGUAAUGAACAACAGGGAGAUUAACACUGAAAUUUAUUGAAAAUUGCUUGGGCUGCAUUGUGUUUCCAAAAUUUAAGGAUUAGAACUUGCUGCAUAUUCCAAUCUAGUGUUCUCUGGUUUUUAGGAUGGCCCCUGAAGUUGCUGCAGUUGAAAGGAAGGGUGGCUAUAAUCAGCUCUGUGACCUAUGGGCUGUUGGAAUAACUGCUAUAGAACUAGCAGAACUUCAGCCCCCUAUGUUUGACUUGCAUCCAAUGAGGUUGGUAAAUGUAUGUAAAGCUGGAAAAUAGGAAAAUAACUACGAGACGAUACAUGUGAUUUUCAGGUUUUCUUAAAAGGAACGUACUAACCACAGAAUACAGAACCUGCCUGCAUGUUUGCAUUUUUCUGUCCAUUGACAGAUGGCCUGCACAGUCAGCUUUGGCAACUGUUUGAUAGAGGAAGGAAAAAGAAGGAAAGGUGUGAUUCUUUCCUUUUAUUUCUUCCUUAUGUCUCUAGGAAAGCGCUCUGGAACAGUUUCAAAUAUGAAAAAUGUGGACGGGGAUAGUUCUCUUACUUUAAGGCUGUAUGAUACAGAGUUUAUGUGGUUGCCAUUUCUAAAGUCUCUUUCCAAAAUAGAUAUUCGGUUAUCAUAAAAGCCUGCUUAGCUAGAGACAAUAGAGGGAUAGAAAAAUGAACCUUCAGACAUGGGCAGCAGUGGUGACUUCCGGUCUCUCAGGAGCUUUUGGUUUACAUUCCUUUCCCCUGCACCACACACGCUGUCUUCUGAGUGUGCUUCAACCCACUUCAGCCAUUCAGUAGUAGAUGUCCUGCAAAUUACUAGUAGCAUCCUUUUGACAAUUCUUCCUAAGCUAUCACAUAAUAGAUGUAGCCCAGGCAUAGGCAAACUCGGCCCUCCAUAUGUUUUUGGGACUACAACUCCCAUCAUCCCUAACAGGACCAGUGGUCAGGGAUGAUGGGAAUUGUAGUCCCAAAACAUCUGGAGGGCCGAGUUUGCCUAUGCCUGAUGUAGCCUGUAUGCUAGAGGCCUGAAGAAGAGCCAUCAAGAGUGCUGCUUGUAACAACUAAAGAGCUUUGGCUAUUGCACAGCUCUCAGAAGAUCACAUGCCAAGGCAGCUGAUGUGGGAAAUGAGAGUCGCAUUUGCAAGAGCCCUACAGAAGCUGUGUUCCAGGUGCACAGGGUCUUUACAGAACCAAACAGUAAGGCCUCAAAUAACUAUAGGUACCCCUGUCAUCAAAGACACUCAACAUUUUUUUAAAAAACCCAAGAUAGAUUGCUGUUGCAUUUAAUUUAUGAUGUAAAUCAGAUAGAUGCUAUUCUUGCCUUGUUCAUUCUACCUGAAUGUUAUUGGCCCAUUGAUAGAGUGGGGUGUUUUUUGUUUUUGUUUCCUUUUUAAACAAAAAAAAAUUCCCCUACUGAAGGCAUCUCAGAGUUUUUGUUCCUGGAUGUAAAAUAAUAUCGAUCUUGUAGUUCUUAAAUAGCAAGUAACAACUGUUCUUGCUUUUCAGAGCACUCUUUCUAAUGACAAAAAGCAACUUUCAGUCUCCCAAGCUAAAGGACAAAAUGAAAUGGUAAAUACCUUUGUUAUAUAGCCACACUGUAUUGAUUAUUGUAUUCACCAAAUAACCUUCUAAAGCUUGCAAUUACAUUUUAAAGGUCAAAUAGCUUCCACCAUUUUGUGAAAAUGGCACUUACAAAGAAUCCCAAGAAAAGACCCACAGCUGAAAAACUAUUACAGGUAUAACUUAUGUUUUAUUGUUUUCCACUGUGUUAAAAUGCUGUCUGUAGUAUUGUCCUUAUGUGAAGAAACCUUCCAUAAGGAGGUGCCAAGGCAGAUCAUUCCUGGUGGGGGGAACCAGUAGGUUGGGGUGGCGUAUUAUGUUAUACAGUAUCCGGUUGGUUCAACGAUUGGUGUGCCGAGGCCCUAUGGAGCACCUAUUUUUGUUUAUCUGAUUUCCUCCCCUAUACAUAGAAUCAUAUGAGCUGCUCCUUCUUUCUUUAGUCUGUGUGUUCCUAUAUGGGAGUGGGCAGGAAAAGUGAGCACUUGACUGAACUUUGCCUUGAUAACCUUGGGGAGACUUAAACAUUGUUUUUACUGUUGGUUUUAGGGAGCUCGCCCAACUUCUGUCUAUGUUAAAAUUUUCAAAUUCUAGUGUAAAUUCCAUUUGCUUUCUCUCCUGCUUCAUUAUGUCUCUUUAGCAUCCUUUUGUUACCCAGCCCUUAACCCGGACGCUUGCUAUUGAACUGUUGGAUAAAAUGAAUAAUCCUGAUCAUUCCACCUAUCAUGAUUUUGAUGAUGAUGAUCCUGAGGUGAGAAUACUUCUUUCUUAUAGAAGUCAGUGCAUUUGCAGUUUUGUAAUACAGUGGUUACUCGGGUUAAGUACUUAAUUCGUUCCGGAGGUCCAUUCUUAACCUGAAACUGUUCUUAACCUGAAGCACCACUUUAGCUAAUGGGGCCCCCUGUUUCUGCCGCGCCGCCGGAGCAUGAUUUCUGUUCUCAUCCUGAAGCAAAGUUCUUAACCCGAGGUACUAUUUCUGGGUUAGCGGAGUCUGUAACCUGAAGUGUAUGUAACCCGAGGUACCACUGUAAAACAUCUGAGCUAUAUCUGAGACACCUUCCCCAUGUCAGGUAAUGUGAGGCUAAGGAAGGUGGUUGUGAAUAUAUGUAUUUCUAGAACUUGUCUCAUGAAUGAGUGAAACUGGUGAGAAAGGAAUCUUGGAUUGAGAGAGAGUGACUUACCCAAAGAGACCGGACUCGUGCUCUUUAGCUGCUAUGCUGCACUGAUUCUGCUUACUAGCUGAACUCAACAAUAAAUGCCAGACAAUGGGCACAAUUUCUCUUGCCCUCAUCCUCAGGUCCCCAAACUUAGCUGGUCUCUGAGACACCACAGAGCCCAGAGACCAUUCAACAGACACUAGCACUGCUCAGAAUAGUGUGCUACAGGCUUUUCUAUAGCUCCAAGCAGUUCGUUACCAUUGUAUCUCCCAUCAUUGCAUGGGGUGUGUGCUGUGGGUUAUCUCCCAUGUUAAGGUUUGCAUAAGUAUAUAUUGACAAUGCACAUUUUAGUUGUCUAAAAAAAUAUUGAAAGAGUUAGAGAUUCUGUGAACCUUGUCCACUCUUUAGACUCAAAGUAGCCAAAACUUUUACUGUACUGUAGGAAAACAAUCUUCCAGCCCCCUCAUUUGCCAUGAAUUCACUGAGCUGGAGCUCUUUGCAGCCUAAGCAUUUCUGAAGAUGCUCACACUUAAAUUAUUACUUGCUACUACAUCAUUCCUUACGGAGCUUAGGACACUUCCUCAUCUGUUUCCACAAACUAGUUAUCUGAAACAAUAAGGCAGUUUCCAGGCCUUGUAUUGAACUGGUGGCUUGUUUUUGAUUGCCUGAUAAGGAUGCCACUUAGCAGCAUUAGAGGAAAAUCUUUAGUGGCUAAUUACAAUGUGAAGCUGGGAUACAUUCUUAGCUAGCUUAGGCUGCUUUACCCUUCAGGAUGCAUCCUGAAGCUGACUUGGAUUUAAUCCCUAUAACACUGAGAUGAAUGCAUUAGGUUGCUAGAGGGGGCUGUAGUUCAGUGUCUCGUCUAAACGCCUAUAUAGCAAAAUCUUUAUUUCAGGUUUUAUAACUUCAGUUUUGCUGACAGCCUAACUUCUGGAAUGGUUUCUACUUGUAAUUCUCCACUAGCACCCCAACAAAUUUACAAUGCACCCAUAUUGGGGGAGCUAAGUAGAGAAACUGGCGGUAAAGCAGAGCUGGCACCUGGGCAAGGUGCCUCCAGAGCAGGCCCCUCCCCCCAAAUCAGUUUACUAAAUUGAAGGUAAGGGUCCCUUUUUCAGCCGGUGGCUGUAAUCUUCACUGUUGCUAUGUAAUAAAAAAUUUAAGGUCAUAAAAAAUAAAAUAAAGGUUCAUAAAGGUACCAACCAAGCACGUACACGGAUAUGGGGACCACAUGUCUGGAGCAGCACAGGAAGACCGCCCUGAAACCAUUUUGACUCCCAAACUGACCCAAUGUUUUCUCUGCAAGGAGGGAGGGGCUGAGGGAACCUUCCCAUUGUCUCAGGAAUUGGGUAAUCACCAUUUCAAACGAAUGGCCAGACUACCAGGAAAGGCAAUCAGAAAAGGCAUUAUCAGAUAACCUGGCAGACAGGAAAAACAACAACAUUCAAAUUUCUGUUGUAGAUCACCUUUUCUGUGAUGUAGGUAUGAUGUUUGUGAGGGGUGGUCUUGGGUUACACCCCUUCUGUGAUGUAUGUAUGGAGGGGUGGUCUUGAGCUCCAGGGCAAAGAAUUUAAAAUGUCUAUAUAAGGGCAGGCACACCUUUGUUCUGGGUCCUCCUCCGUCCUCCGUGUGAGGGAAGCACCCUGCUGCAACAGCUUUAAUAAAAGAUCAGGCUUACGAGCUGCUUUGCUUCUCAAUAUUCUCUGGUUGGCCUCUGUUAUUUUCUCCUACCGAUGGAGAAUCUACAAAGGACUCUAUAAGGGCUCUUGUGUCCCCCAUAAGGGAAUAAGGGCAGAUUUUGUUUACAACAGCUACAAUUCAUAGCAUGCUUGCUGCCCUGAUGCACAGGUAACAAGGAGAGAGGGAGAGGAUAUUAGCGACCACCAUUGGCCUCGGUGUUCCCUCCUGAGACCCAUUUGCCAAGCCAUCCUGGUUGCUGAUGAACACGCACUUACAAAACUAAAUAGAAUGUCACUAUUACCUUGUCUGUCUGCAUCUAUUCAUGCAGUUCACUUAAAACCUACCUUGCCGUAAGAGUUUCCACCAAACAAUACGUUUGCAGUAGCAAUACCUUACUAGUAAAGGUGACUUUGAUGACAAAGGAGGAUUAUUUCAAAAACGAAAGAAAACAGCCCUCAGUUGAAAAAAGACUUGCCCAAGGCUUUCUUCAAAAUUAAUAGUAUACCAUUAGUAGCUGUGACGGGUCUAGACUCAUAAAUAGAGACAAUGGAGUAGACAUCAGUCUGCCAAGAAUUUAUGUCCCUGUGGAUGACGGACUUUAUAUAAAGUGAUAGAAACUUGGUUUCUGUCUGAAUGUAGUUUUCCACUGGGAGCUAAUGCUAUUUUUGGAAUGUGGAAUCUUAAUCUGAAACUCACAAGGUUCUCCUUCUCCGUUGAAUUUUAAGUUAUGCCUUAAAAUUGCUUAAACUCACAGGACGCUUUUACACUGCUGCUUCUAAAGGAGGAUAUUCUGUUGAACUUCAACCUCAUUUCAUACUAGAGGUUUCAGUCAUUAUAAAUAUCUGUGAAUAUGUAGUGAUUUUCAAUAUACAGAAUUUUGUGUAAAGGUGUUUUUAAAGAAUAUUCACAAGAGGCAUAUGGAACACCUGUCUUUUCAUUUGUUAAACUAUGUAUAUAUUUUCCCUAGCCUCUUCUUGUGCCUCAUAGAAUUCAUUCGACAAGUAGAAAUGUGAGAGAAGAAAAAACACGCUCUGAAAUAAACUGUGAGUACAUACACAAGUUUUCAAAUGUAAUUGUGAAUUUGUCUUCCAUAUCCACACAUGUGGUGAUGAUUUGUAUUAGCUCAUUACCACCCAGUCUAUGUUAGAUGAUCAUAGAUUUAAAAUUUCAGUCUUGCUAGAAGUAUAUAGUUUCUUUACUUCCAUAGCUAUUGGUUGCCUUAACUGUACUGCCCAUAGCUGAGCUAGAUUCUUCCAUGUGGCUCUGUUUCCUCAGUGCUUCAUUGUAUUCCCAAGGAUAUGAAGCAUUUGAAAAACUAAUUGGAAACCAAGUGCCAAGAGCUGCAAAACACAGAGACAUGUUAGAAAGAUACAAUACUGUAUGUGAUGCUUCCUUUCUGACUAGUUUUCCAAGGGCUUUUACCAUCAUUUUAUGUAUCUACAUGCUUUGACCUCACUUCUGAAUAUUUCAUUUAUUCUCUUUGACAGUUGGCCAAGUAAAAUUUGAUCCACCUUUAAGAAAGGAGACAGAGCCUCAUCAUGAGUUUGUGAGUAACACAGUUGUAUGUGUUUUGCUGCAUGAAAUCAUGCCAUAUAAAAAAAUGUGAUUAGGAGCAUAAGACUUGUAGACUCCUGUGGAUAUGUAUGGUGUAUAUAUCUGUGCAAGACCUCAAAAUUAUGAUUUGCAUAAUAUUCUUUUCUGAAUAUUUGGGAUCCUUCAAAACAUAAUCGGAUCUGUCUUCUGAUUCUUAAGCAAAUAUCCCACAAGUAGAUAUAGCUGUCUUCCUUCCUGUUUUAAGGCUAUUUUGAGUGCCGCUGUUUAAAUAUAUUUCUCUAAAGCUGUUGAGCAGCUUCCUCAUAAGGUGGGACCACUGAAUUUGGCAAUUAGGUAGAAAUCUCAACCACUUUGCUUACUGCAGCAAAGGGGGACUUGUGAGUCACCAUGACCCUGUAACUACGAAACACAGCAGCCCAAAACUUACGCAAGUACAACUUAUGUGUCUUUGGCUCAGAGUCUGAUAGCUCACAAGUUUUAUGUGGGGCAGGCUGUUAUGCAGCCUCAGCUUCCUGAUACAUCAGACGAAUGAAUCAAUUUUGGCUUGUUGCAUGUAACUUGUGUUCCUCCUUAUGUCUUCCUUGUGGGUCCCCACCACCCCGCAUGCUGUGCAUCACUUUGCUCUUGCACCGUAUCGCCUUGCCUUACAGCAGUGGUGAUGAGUCCAUGGGUCAGACCCAGCCUGCCAAGCCAGUUUUAAUGGCCCACUAACCCAUGGCAAAUUUUACCCAUUUUAUUGGGGUGACUUGCAUGGUGACACUGAGAGCUGGUCAAAGUGCUUCAGGAACAAGAAGGGGCACUCAUCUGUUUCCUGAAUGCUGACCAAACAUUGGGGCUGGUUUAUUUUUUAAAAAAUAAUAGUGGAGCUGGUUUCCUUCAUGUUUCCAGAGCCCUGGCCAGCGCUCAAUAGCGGUCAGCUGCUCAUUGCUGCUGCCCAAAACUGCUGCAGUCACAAUGGUGACAGCUUGCUCUGCCCCUCUGCAGAAGCUGUCGCUGAAUCAGCCACAAGCGCCCGGUGCCACUGAGAGUGAAAGUCUGUGAGGUGGCCACACUCACUACUGGCAUACCUUCCUCGAACCACAGAAAGUUAGCCACCCUUGUUCUGCAUUUGCUUACUUAAAAAAACAUGGCUAUUAUAUGCUUGAUCACUAUGUGUACAUCUAAGGUCAGAUAUCUCAUUAGUAUGGAAAGAUGGAUGUUAGCAGAGGACAGAUGUUUGAAAGCAGUUUUGAGUGCAGAGAACUCAAUGGGGGAAACACAAAAGAGCCUUAUGCAAUGAGAUGGCAUUAGACAGAACCUUAAUUGUAGUCAAAAAAAUAGAAGGCUGCACACCAGAUUGCCAUAUGACAGAAACCCUGCGGUGUGGAUACAUUCCAGUGGCCAGGAGGCUAGUAUAUACUGCAAGGCAAAGAUUAAAGUACUGAGAAAGCAGGGAAUUGCAUUCAGGUAGGUCCCAUGCAAACUUGGUCUUGGGCAUCUGAUGUCUAUGCUGUCUACCCUUGAGUCUUGUGGUUGUCCCAGUUCAUUCCAUCCAAUUGUGCCCAGAUAUUUGCCUGCUCAUUGUUGAUUUAAUUGCCAUUUUUGUGUUAUAGCAGAGAGUCCAACUAUAGGUAGUAAAUGUGGCAAGUCGUCUUAGCUCUGAACUCCCAACAAACAAGCGUUUAGCACAGGAAGCAGUGGAGGCACAAAUCUACUUCCUGCUGCCCUUUGCAAAUGUUGCUUCCUAAUGUCUUCAGUGGGUAGCACCCAACAAGAGUUGCUAGGGCACAACAAUUCUGCCUGUUGCUUUCUAAACAUUGGGGUAGCCGAGAGGAAUUGACUCUUUCGCUCUCCUUUCCUGUUCUUCCCUUCUUUCCCUGCCUGGUGUGGGUUGAAGCUGAAGCUUUGUUUUGUACAGCAGGCAAGGAGGUAGUGUGGUCUUUUAGAAGAAUGGUACUUGAUGCGUGGCAGCUGCAUCCUCUUCCACUGCCUCCUAACUUUUAAAGGUACCAGCAGGCAUCAUGUUUUGAGCUGGCAACUCUACAAAUCUCUCACUCAGGAUAUGAGCAACAAGGCAGUGUUGGAUUAGCUGCUGCAUUCUCUUAAAUCAUGAACUCAUUCUGAGGAGCGUUGAUGGUCCUUAGGCCUUGUGUUUAAUUAUCUCUCAGGACAGAAACACGUGAAGACUUUUAUGCAGCAAAAUGAUAAAGACAUUUCUUAUUUUACUUCAUCUCCAUGUAGUUUCACUUUUCCUUGGAGAAAAUAUAACUUUGGUAUAAUCUUUAAAGCAGCCAUGCUGAUACAUAUUGGAAGAUAUCUUGAUUGCUAAAAUUUCCUUCAGGAAAUUCAUCUGUUCCUUCAGCUUUCUCAGUUUCAACAUCUUAGGCCACUGUUCUACCAUUUCCCCCCAAAACCACCUCUAUUUGGAUGCCGACCAGGUUUUUCAUGGUAGAUUUGCACGUCUCUAAUUAUGUAUCUUUCUGAGCAAGGGCUGGAAAUUUGCCCUCAAACACAGUUUAUUUCUUGCUUCAUGAUUAUAGCCAAUAGACCAUUAGUAGGCAGGUUAUAUAGUUGUAUUUUUUAAAGAUUUGUACUUCUAGAAAACAAUUUACUCAAUUUAGUAUUGUUUUUCUUUUCACAUUGGCUUCUAAUUCACAUUCCUUGCACCUAUUUUAAGGACUGACUCUCAAUGUGUGGACUUGUUGUUUUUUUGCAUCCCAUUCCCUCUUUCUCAAGUGCUUGUUCCUAUCUUGUAUGUUGUUUGCAAGGCCUCCUGUGUAUUUUUCUUAGCCUCUUUGAUAGUUCUACUCAACUACAUGUGGUCCAUGUAUUCCACAUUGUGACUUCCAUAUUGCAUGCUCUCUUAUUCAAGAUAGGAGCAUACAAAACUGAUGUAUUUCAAAUGAGCCAGACUAUUCCCCCAUCUAGUUCCUUAUGGUCUAUACUGACCUGCAGUUGAUGUUGAGGGUUUAUUUCUCAACCCUACCUGGAAGUCCCUGGGAUUUAUCCUAGGACCUUCUGCAAACAAAACAUGUGCUCUAUUCCUGAGCUGUGGACAGAUUAGAGAGACCAAAAAUAGGUGGGAAAAUUACUUGUGUGUGACAAUUUACCUAUCAGUAAUUGUAUGCAGUUAUAAAAUCUGAACCCAGAACACUGGCAUGGAGGAAAAGUUUGUGUUUGGAAAACAGAUUAUUUGUCUUGAGACCAUGAGGGACAAAACUCAGAUAAAAUACAAUUAAAGUGGCUCCUGUUUUUGCCCCACUCACUCACAAGUUUAAGUGCCGAUACUGGUUGACUUUGUAAGCAGAAAGUUAAGCAUGAGGAACACCCAUUUCAUCUGCAUGUUCUCUUCUGCAUUGUUCUUUACCAACAUUAGUCUUGCUUUCCAAUCAGUUAAUUGGUUUUUAAAUCCAUCCUUGGAAAAGUAUCUUUUAAACGCUUUGUUCUGUUGGAGAUAUACUUCUUCAUAUCUCAUCUUGUUGUACCAGUGGAAGAUGGAGACAGAUUACUGAUUAAAACUCCAAUGCACACCUUUUUUUUUUAAAAGGAAGCUCCAAGGUCUAUAAUGUUUGUUGGUUGGAUGCAAGUGAGUCUGCUGGGAUCUAAAGAGCUACCUGGGCUCAAAGAAGGGGCAUGGACUAGUGGAAACUAUUUUCCUUUCUGCUGCAGACUCAAAAGUAAUAUGAGGCAUGAGGGUCCGCUGUUUAAGGAAGAGUGAGUCAACCCCCUAGUUAGGCUCACAAAACUAGUUUUGGAGUCCUUUGAAUCUAGGCCACAGUGUCCUAUAAAGUCACAGUUUGGGGUUAAGCAUUUUUAUAACACACAGUUGUCAGCAACAUGGGAGAACUCAAUCAUAGAGUUGUAGAGUUGGAAGGGGCUCCCGAGGGUCAUCUAGUCCAACCCCAUGCAGUACACAUUGAUAUGCCCCAGUGUGAAACACACUUGGAACCAACUUGCAUUGAAGUAAAUACGCUUACAACUAUGAAGUUGGUCUGGUUCCAUAUUUUGAACCAUAAACCACCUGGCACAUGGAACUGCCUGUGGGUAUGCAGCUGACCGGACAGAAGACUUUGUUAAUCUUUGUAAGAAAUAAUAGUACAGGAAUGAUGGGAAAUCUGUGGCUUGCAGCUUUCAGGGAAGAACAACAAAAUAUGUGUGUGUGUUUUUUAAAAAAAUUGGCGUAUAGGAUAAGAAGUAUAAACAAAUGUACACCUAUUACCAGUCCUUGCAUUUCUUAAGUCACCGUUGAACAUCUAAAGGCUAUACUAAUCCACCUGCUAAAUUGUGUAAAGCUUUAGACACUUUAAUAAACGGUAAUGGCAGAGUCAGCUAUCGUGCAACAAUGUCCCUUUGUACUUAGAUGUUUUUGAGUCUAAAAGUAAUUAACCUGAGUUUCUGGUCUUUGUCUGAUGAACAGCCCGUCAGUAACGAUUUUUCGGACAGUUCAGAAGAAAUAUACUACACUGCAAGAUCUAAUCUGGUAUUUUCAUCUAUUGCUUUUUCUUUGUCAGUGUUUGUUCGUCUUUUUUGUUUUUCAAAGUUAAAUGUUUUGUUCAGUUGUCAUGCUGCUUUUGCCAUCUGUAGAAUAGUCAAAAGGUCUACUAAUCAAAUACUUGCGUAAUAAUAAAGCUACUGAUUUUAAUUACCCAUGUCAGUGUUGCAUUCUUAUAUACUAACAUUUCUCACACUGAUUUUUGUAAUUUCACUAAAACUAUAUUAAAACAAAUUGCUAAGACAAUUGCUAAGCUGCUGACUAGGUUAGUUUUUUUCAUAAUGAGAGAAACUUGAGCACAUAAAUAACAAAAGGUAACAAAUUUCAUUGGGAAGGAAAGGAUUGAAAUCAGCUUGAAGAAUAUGGAGUGCAGGUAUUGCUUCUAUAUCUUAUUUUCCACCUCUUCCAACAUGCAUUUGUUUAUUUAAUACUUAAAACAUGAGUACAACAGUAAGCACUGAGAUUUAAUAAUAUUUGCGGAUAAUUGUUUUGUGUAAAGCAACUUAGUUUUCGAAACAUUUUAGCCAAGAAUUAUUUUGUUCAGAAAUCUCUUCUCCUUUGAUCUUUAGCAGUAGAAACAAAUCUUAGUCGUUAAUAUCCUUUGCCUAAUACUUAAAAUGUUAAUGCUUUUGACAUUAACGAGGUAACAUAGCAAAACUUCAGUUGUUUACUAUGGACACCAGCUUCCAUUUAGAUGGAUGUUAUCUGUUUCUUCUGCCUUGGUACACAAACCUGCCUUCAAGAAUUUGUAUUUGUAGCUCCAGUAAUUCUUUCCCUAUUUUAAUGGUGGCUUCCAGCUGGCUCUGUGAGAAUAACUCUAGGCUAUUGUUCUAUAGCAUCUCCUGAGACACUCCUGCAACAUUGAACUUUAACAUAAUUUCUUUUAAAAUAUAUUUAUUUUUGUCCUGUCCCUGCCUGUAAUUUUUUGGCAAAACUUGUACUAAUUGUGAUCUCUCUUCAAGGGGAAACAAUUUCCUUUUAAUAGCAGUAAACCACAUAGCAUGUUGGUACAUACUUUACGGUCAUCUGCACUAAACAUAACAUGUGCUGUGCGUCAUCUGUUUUCACAAACGCUAUCUUAUUAGGAAGUUCAUUCUUGAUUUUCCGCCAAAGAUAUUUCGGAACUGUGUGUACAGUUAAAAGAGAGAUGUCAGAAGUGUGAGAACAAGCUUGUCUUUUAGAUAGAUAGUUGGCAUAUUUUGUGCCUCUGCAGAUUUUAGGAAGCUUGUAGUGAUUUCUACAUUGGGAAGGAUGGUGUCAGUGGCCUUAGUCAAGCACUGUUUUACUCCCAGGAUUCUACCUACUCUGAGUUUGUGAGCAGACUUGGGGCAUGUGUGCUCCUUCCUGCUUCCAUGAAUGUGUGCAGAAGGUAACAAAUGAACUUGGGAAAUGCCAUGUUUGUCUGAACAUAGAUUACCCCUGACUCUUGUGAGAAUGCACCUUCUAGAAAUUGGGUUCUAUUUCUCACAGUUGGAGAGGUCUCAUGUUUGGGCACAAAUUACUCAUCGCCUUCUUUACACUGUGAUGAACGUGCAAGUGGUAGUAUAUGAGCCUAAUCCUCAUUCCCACUUGUAUCCAAAGGGCAAAAUAGUGGCCUGGUUUGCAAGGCAUGUGAAUUCAAACCCUGUCUUGGCUUGCGCCUCCGUUGGUCUUUUUGCUGCCGUGUUGCAAGGAGGUAAGCAAAGGUUUGGCUUAGGUUGUCAUUCAAACCAGGACUCAGGGUCACCCUCCCCUAGGUAACUGCAAGCUGUAACCAAAACAUGUACUGAAAGCGAUUGUGAUUCCAUCAUUUAUUUUUAUGCUGUGACCUGCCCUGAGAUCUACAGAUGAAAGGCAGUAUACAAAUUUAAUUUUAUUAUUACUAUUAUUAUUAUUAUUAUUAUAUUUUAUUUUAUUUGCUGCAUGUCUGCCUGAAAGUAGUCUUUACGGAAUGGAGUGUGAUUUUUGUCAUGUCAUCCAAUGUCUGUGGUCUUCCUGAGGUAACUUUAAGACAGGGAGUGAUUAACCGAGACCCCUGGGAAGAGCAAUCUGAACCCCCCCCUUCCGGGGGGGUGUGUGGAGAAAGUGGGAGAGAAAAAAGGGGUUGCCCACUACUGCCUUGUGGCUUCUUGCAAAUUGUUCUUGGAGGAAUGUGGCCCUUGACAGAAAAAGAAGAUCAUUCUUUAAAGAAUGAUCAUUCAGUACAAUUGAUACGUCUUUAUCACCUGAAAAUUGAAACCAUGUUAUCCAAAAUGUAUAGUGUCACUUCAGAGAUAAUUUCUAAAACAUCAUGCUUGAUGCUAACAAAUGCAUCUCAUUUUACUCUUUUCUAUCCAAGCAACAUUCUUGGUUCUGAAGCAAAAGCAUGUCUUGUCAAACGUGCCUACCACUUAUGCCUAGUCUUUCGUUGGAAGGUUACGUGGGACUACGCGGUUAGAAUUAAUUUGUUUCACGGCUCAGUCCUGCAAGCUGUAGAUUUGACAGAAUCGUCUGACCACCUCAUUCAGUAUUCUCAUAUUACUUACGUGAAAUCCAAACGGCUAACAAGCUGCUUGAUUAUAUUAAUAUAUGGGAAGCACACUGAACUCCCUAAUGCAUCACAUGUGCAUAUACUAGGUAUAAUAGUAGUAUGAUUUUGAAUUCCUUAACAAUAAUUACCUAGUUGACACACUUCCUGAAAACUAGUAUUUCAUUUUCUGUGUUUACAACUUUUGCCAAUUGUAAAACUAGCAUGCACAAUAUAUACAAUGUAUUAUCUAUCUAGCUUUCUAUAUCUAAAAAAAAUAAAAGACAAGUGUGUCUCCUUUAUCCACAAAUAGUGGUCAUUUAGACCUUAGACACCCACUGCACAAAGAUUCACCCUCAAGCGCUAAAGUUCCAUUCUGUUGAGUGGCUCAACCAGUGCAAAGACAUUAAAAUUUGAAUACGAACAAUCACUUUAAGGACAAAAUUGUCUGGUAUAGCAAUUUGCAAUAUUUAGCCACUUCUGAUUACCUUGGCUUGUCCAAAGUUUUGUUGCCAAUACUGUAAUGAACAGCACUACUAUCCAAAGAGUAUCAGUGGAAUUAUCAGAAUCGAGUGCGAUUUGAUUCACUGUUCACUUGGAUAUGGUUAAAUAUCCCACGGUUUUGUUUAGAGUUGAACUUAGUUUUUCUGUUUAUGUUGGAUGGCUGCUUCUGUUUGAUGGACCUUCUUGCACAGUAUCUACAUGAAAACUGCUAAAUUUCCAUGUGUGUGCACAUGUGUCUUUCGUCUCCAGAGAUAUAUGGCUUGAGCAUUCAAAAUCUUGUGUUAGGAACACUCUGUGCAAACUAAGAUGGUGGUGUUUUAUUUUUGUCUCUAUCACCUUCAUUUUGCAAGCUUUAUUUUCCCACAGAAAUACGCUAGGACAGUACACAAAUGAAUUUCUUUCUCAGUGUUUUGCUGUAACUGUAUCCAGGAUGAAAUGCAGGUUAUUUUUAAAAGCAUCUAGUAAUAGUAGAUUAGAAAGAGACAUGAUCAUAUUUUAGCCUAUUGAUGCUAACGGACAGUAGAGUAGUAACCUGGCUAUAAACAAAGGUUUAGACCAUUAAAUAAUACAAACAUAAACCACACUGACAGGUGUCACUUUUCAUAAAAAUGUUCCUGUGAGAUUUCUAACGUACGGUGGCAGAUGAAGGAUCUUUUUACUUUUUUGUAGCAGUUUGCUUAUUUUCUCUUAUUAAUUUGUCUGUCACUGCAGUAGAAUACAUAUUGUCGUGGAUUUGUGCUUUGCAAAUUGAGAGUGGCAUCUUGCCUCUGCCCAGCCAUAAGAGCUCUAGUUUCUAUGUUUAUGCAACUGCUACAGCUUCUCUCUUUCCCAUAAAAAAACAACCAAAUCCUAUAUAAGGGCCCUCAAGUAUUUCACUAGUGUUUUUCUGAUUUGUGGCUACCAUAUGCCAUUUCAAGGAAGCAUCUAAAGCAUGGUUUCUUCGUUGGGAACCCCUGGUGACACAAACUCAAGCAUUUACUCCUGCUAAAGUUCUAGUCACGUAAAAAUUUAUGGAUGCUUAGAUUAAUGCUAUUUAAGUGGUUGUAUAGAAACUGCUGAGACUGCAUAGAUUAUUUUGCUUGGGGGUGGGGUCAUCCUGGAGGUAAUCAAAAUUUAUUUGUUGAUUUAGAGUAUUUAUGGAUCAUCCUGCCUUCAAGGAGCUCAAGGAGAUACACAAGAACCACAGCAACAAAAUACGUCAAUAAAAGCAUAUACAAGCUAAAUAUUUAAGUAACAUAGGAGACAGAUGUAGCUCUAGGGGAGUUGGGGCCCUACCACAGAGAAGGCCCUUCAUGAAUCCUGUUGGGCAUGAUGAGCAGAACCCCCUCCCCAGCUGAUAUUAAGGAUCAAAUGGGCUGGUAUGAGAGGUGCCGUUUCUGCAUAUAUUUGGGCCAUUUGGUUUUGCAAACCAUCACUUAACACACUGAAACUAGCCCAGUAGAACACAGGCAGCCAGUGCAGAGAUUUUGGGACAGGAGCUUUGUGAGCCCAUCUCAUUGCUCUAGUUCAUAACCUGACAGCCACAUUCUGCACAAGUUGCAGCUUCCAUACCAUUUUCAAGGACAACCCUAAAGCCCGUUGCAGUCAUCAAAACAUGAGGUCACUAGAGCAUAAAUUACUGAUAGCAGGCUGGCUUGGUCCAUGAAUGUCCGUAGCUUGUAAGCCAGUUGUAAAUGGCAGUAGGCUCUCCUAGCCACUAAUACCACCUGAGCUUCUAAGGACAAUAAUGGAUCAGAAAGGACCACCAAGCUACAUAGCUGUUCCACAGUGCAACUGCUGCCCUUAUCCUAGGCCAAUUCCUAGAUCAGAGACUUGACUAGCCACAGUACUUUUCAGGAUUCUAUUGUAUUUUAUUGGCCAACAUCUGGUCUGUCACUGCCUCUAAGCAUCUAUCCAUCUUAUCUACCACCUCUCCCAGUCCUGAUGGAAUGGAAAGAUAGAACUGGGUGUUAUCAUACUGGUGACAAUUUUCUGCAAAUCCCUGGAUGAUUCCUCCCAAAAGUUUUAUUAAAGAUAAUAAAUAACAUGGGAGAUAGAAGGGAAUCCUUCAGCACUAUUGCCAAGAGGCCACACAGACAUCUCCCAACAUGACCCUGAAGGUAGGAGUUGAACCAUUGUAGCACAGUAGUACCUCCAACCCAUAAAACCAGUUCAGGAAGAUACUGUGAUCUAUAGUAUUAAAAGCUGCCAAGAUGUUGAGAAAAAUCAAUAGGAUAGUGCUCCCCCUUUCCAUAAUCAGUUGGUAGCAAAGACAGAAUUGUUGAAAAACCAGAUUAAAAUAGAUCCAGAACUCAGCCAUGUCCAGAUUCACCUGCACUCAUCCCCUUCUUGAGCACCUUUCUCAAAAAAGGGAUAUUUGCAACCAUGCAACAGUUGGUCCAGAGUGGUCUCCUUCAGGAGGAGGCAAUCUUUUGCUUCUCCUAAAGUGGCUCUCACAGUGAAGUAUUUAGCACUCUGUAGUCCACCCAGUCAAUCCCUCUCAGAUACACAAGGGGGUAGAAAGGGCCUUUGUCCUCUGAACUCCUGCAAAGUGUCCUGUCCACAUCCUCAGACCACGCUCACUCAUACUGAUCCCACCACAUGCACCCAGACAGUACUCUGGAAAUCUCAUUAGGAUUCACCUCAACUGUGGCUUCAAGUUCAGAGUGAAUGUGAGCGAUUUCUGCCCUCAAAUAUUUUUGAUUCAAUUUUCCCUUCUUACCCACAUGCCCCAGAUCCAAAAACAUUUCUGAAAUUGCCAAGUUCUGCAUCACUCUAGAAGAAGUCCUUUUGGAGUCACUCUCAUUUCCUCCAUAGUUUAACCCAGCAUCCUCAUUAACAUUCUUGUCCUUUAUCCAUCUCACCCCUUGCCUCCAAGUAAACAGUCAUUUAUCACCAAGCUUUGUUUUCCAAACAUGAUCUUAAUUUUCUCUUUGCUUAUAAAAAGAAAGCAAAUCAUAUUUAUAAAUGGUCCUUGAUAAAAUGCUUUACUGGCCACUAAAAAUGAUGGCGCACGUUGCUUUGGCAUGAUGCAUGGCUAUGCUGGCUAGUAGUGGUAGUCCAAGACAUCUGGAAGACACAAGGUUUUCUAUAGUUGGUAAUACAUGGGUGGGUGAGUGGAUUUGAAACUAUACUAUAUAAGAAGUAGGUGGUGGGAUUCAUAAAGGUAAGGGAAUUACGGUAAUCGAAAGGAUCGGGAUCACAUUAAUCUAACAUUGGCUGAGGUUACUCAGAUAGUUGUUUAUUUUCUUGACAUCUGAUGGGAUAGUGUUCCACAGGGCGGGUGCAACUACCAAGAAGGCCCUCUGCCUGGUUCCCUGCAACUUCACUUCUUGCACUGAGGGAACCAGCAGAAGGCCCUCAGGGCUGGAUCUCAGUGGGUUGAAUGAUGGGGUAGCGAUGCUCCUUCAGGUACACAGGGCCAAAGCUCCUUAGGCUGAAUGUGUCCAAGUUAAAUGUGCUUAAAGUUGUGGGCUUACUGUAUACUACAAAAAAAGCAAUGUUGGACUAAAGCAGAUAUCAUAGCUCCAAUAACAAUCCAGUUUUUCUCUAAUCCCAUGCCUCCUGGUUUGAAUCAUCCAGAAAGAAUUCUAGCUGACUCAAAAAAGCUUUCUUGUUGUUUUAUGACCAUUUUCAAAGGAGUGUUGGAAUUUUCCAAAAAUAGAAGUGGCAGGCUACUGUAGCCUGCCUCUUUCUUUGUGUAGUUUAUAUGGUGGGUUUCUUUUUGAGAAAAGUUAAUUUAUUUGACAUGUAGAGGUUUGGCAGGUAGAGCCUCCAGCAGAUGAUGACAUUGUCCCUGCUGUGAAAUAAGUGGUUGCACAUUGACCUUGGUCUACUAAACCACUUAUUAAAAUCAUUAGGACUCCUAAGCUUUUUUCCCACAUGAAAGUUGUGGCUUCCAGGAUUCUGAAGAUAUGUUUCUGUACUGCAAAGCUAGGAUCCCUAGUUCAUAUUCAUUUGCAUCCAUGGAGAUUUCAGAGCCCUUGCACUGUAUCUAUUUUGAAUUAUGGUUGUUGGAUAGUCGUACAAGGUGAUCUCUUUACAUUAAAAUAUAUUGGGUUGUGUACAAUAAUAGCCUUUCAGAGACUUUAAGGUUAUGUGAUCAAGCCACUAUUGCUCGUGGCAUGUAUGUUCAUCUCUCCCUGCACAGAUUUUGUGCAUUUUGGGAGUAGCAAUUCGAAGUAGGAGGAGAUGAACUGUGGACCCUGAUGACUCUCAUAAAUCUAAAGAGCUGUUUGAUUGGAUCCUAAUUUCAUUGAGCAGAGUUUGUCUCAUAGAACUGGGCUUUCAUGCCUCCCUACACCCCCUUAAAAAUCUGUUUCUGGGGGGUUCUGUACUACUAGGAACAGUCUCCUGGGAAUCUCAAGUGAGAUAUCUGUGCAGUGGAAGUUGCUUCCAGUACCAGUCACCACACAGAAGUUGCCUAAGGUCCAAAUAGUUUACUGUUGCAGAAGAUAAGGCUCAGUAAAACAGUUCUGGAUUUGGAUAUAUACAGCUUGUAGGCUUUUGCAGAUACAGAUAUCUGCAAGCUGAUACAGGUGCUUUUCUGCUUCCCAGGAAACCUAUGGAUAUUGUCUGUAUGCAACUGUGCAACAGAGCAUCUCAAGCAGAAAAUUUACAAAUCUUGUAUCUUUUCCUCUCCUUAAAUGCACAGAAGUGUCAUAUUAGAAGUAUAGUAUUCUGUUAGUGAAAUCUGAGGGAAUCUGCUGUACAGCAUGCAUUAUUUGUAUAUGCUGUGAAGCUAUUUGUGGGACUCAAGUUUGUGUAAGAACAGCCGGAGCUAGUUAGAUAAUAAUUAUUUUUUUAAAGGGGGAAUGCAAUAAGAUGAGACAGAGCUUGAUGCUUUCUUUUCUCUCAAUAGGAUUUGCAACUAGAAUAUGGUCAAGGACCCCAAGGCAGUUACUUCUUGGGUGGAAAUAAGUGAGUAUUUUUAGUAACACCAUUAUUUUUCUCCCACUACCCUCACCCCCAAAUAAGCUGGCAGUGGUUUUUAAUGUAGUUAUCAAUUUGAUCAGGAAUUUGAUGUUUAUGCAGUGAAACCAGUUGUACAUUUACAGUAAAAAUUGACUAUUUAAUCCGUAUUUUGAGAUACUCGAGUUGGAUCAAGACUAAGAUCUUGCAGAGGCUCCCUUUGGAAGAAGUGGGCAGGUGGUUUUUCAAUUUCUCCUGAAGUUCCAGAGCCACCUCCUAUAUUCUGGAGUCUAAAGCAGGAAUUGGACCUCCCCUUCCUCUCCAAUGGAGCAUCCUGUAGACAAGGUUCUCUAGUCCUGUAGUCUGGAUUCAACCCAAUGUAGCCUCAUAUAUGGGUUUUUUGGUGUUGGCAGGUGUAUAGCAAGGCAGCUUUAUUGUCUGCAUCUGUAUCCACAAAUGUGCCUAUAUGUGUGUAUAUGUAAUAAAUACUUUUUUUUUAUUGCAUGUAUAUAGGCCACCCAAUAACAUAUAUUCUCUGAGUGGCCUCCAAGAAACAAAAUACAGGAAGAAAAAAAAAGCAGCAUGAGAACCCUUAAGCCUGCAGUUGUCACACAGCCAGGUUUUAAUAUCACAGAUUAUCUGAAGGCCCUGGGAAAUAAAAAGGUCUUCAUCUGGCAUGCAAAAGGCCAUAAAGAUGGCAGCCAAAUGAGCCUCUCUGUGGAAGCUGUUCCACAGCUAGGAUGUCACCAGUGAGUAGGUCCUAGAAUCCACGCUUUAUGGAGGCACUUAGUUGGAGGUACUUGGAGCAGGUCUGCUAAAGAGGACCUUAAGGUUCAGAUAGGACUAGUCUUACUGCCAUGGGCUUCAUAAAAUACCUGUAAGUGAGGGAACACUUCAAAGAGAGUUCAAUGAUCCAUGUUAAAUUAUUUUGUAAAAAUAGACUUUAAUGGUGCAACCCAACAAGUUAAGUCAAUAGUUGAGAAUUAGUGUAAACAUGAUAAAAGGAGGAGAUAAAUACUUCUUUCUUAUUCUAGGUUUUGCCAAUAUUUUCUUGUGGCAUUGCAUUAUUUUAGUGUAUGUUCUUCUCCCCUCCACACCCCCACACAUUUUUUUACAGCAGUAACUAUAAUUAAGAUGAGCUGUGUCCAUCCAGGUGCAUUACUUAGCAGGCUGGUGUACAGCUGAACACACUUUAAUACACUUUAGGCUGAAUAAUUAUUUACUUCAGACUGAAAAUUCAAACAAUUGAUGUAAUUUAUUACACAGCUUACAUUUGUCAGAUCAUAUAAAAAGUGUGUCUGAUUUUGUGUGCUUUUUGCUAAAUGUGUCCAGUCGUUGAAUUUUACUUCUAUUUUUAAAGGAGCCUUCUAAAAUCAGUUGAAGAAGAACUGCAUCAGCGGUAAUUCUUGACUUUCUUUCUCUCUUGAUUGCGAAGUCCCUUUCCUUGUGCGCAGAACUGUAUGUUUCUUGUAUCUCUCACGGUCUAAUGGUGCUUGUUUGGCUUACAGAGGACCCCUUGCUUGUCUGUCUUGCAACUGUGAUUUGCUAAAAGAGAAGCUUUUUAGGAUUGCAGAUAACAAAUCUUUUGAUGGCUGAAGACAAGUUGACAAUUGACAUUUAGAGUGAUAUCCUGUUUAAUUCCUCAGGGGACAUGUCGCACAUCUGGAAGAUGAGGAAGAAGGGGACAGUGAUGACGCUAAACAGUAAGUUCUGCUAAUCUUCAAAGUAGAUCUGGUUCAUAGACAAUUGAGAAAUCUUGUUCAGUCUGUGUGUGGUUUAUGAUUACCCCACCAACACUUCUUGCUCCACAGUUUGGUCAUCUUCAGACGUAACCCCGAACCAUUGUUUAGUGUGACAGGAAGUAGCCACAGUGAGCCUUGGGCUCAUGCAUUCUUCUUCUCCAUCUUCCUUUUGGCAUGGCUGUAAGGAGAAGUUUGGAAGCUUUUGCUUCAAGUUUAGAUUAACUGCAGUUUGCUGUGUUGCCUGCACUGACCACAUGUGUUUGAUCAUAUCUAUGGGUUGCUUGAAACAAGCCCAACUUCAUGCCAUGGGCUAUGAAGCAGGCUUGUUUAAACAAACCAUAGUUAACUCAUGGAAUUGAUUUGCUUAAAUUGCCCCAAUGAGAGAGAGAGUGAUGACUAGAUAGGACUCAUGAAGCUAAAAUUUUGUUUGGAACAUUUAUUUUAAAUAUAUCACUAGAAGGCCAGUGAAUAGGGAAGGGAGAAAUAAAGAACAAUAUAUGUAAAUAAUGAUUAUUUUGGGGGGGGCAGGAAGAAUUUGAAGCUGUAACUUAACCUGUAAACUUAACUCUACUAAGAAUAACAAUAUGCAAUAUUAAAAUUAACUGCAAUGUAACCAUUGCUGUUAAUUUUACAUUACCCCAUCUGAACUCCACCAGCCCUCUAUUUAAAACUUACUACUGAAACUUACAUUAAUCCCAUUGCGAUUUCACAGCGACCAACACCAGAGGCUCCUCUCCUGCUGCCUUAGAUGAAAACACUGUAUAACAGGAGCUGGUGUUACCAGCACCAUACAGUGCUACCACACAGAAAUAGCAUCCUGAUACUUUCAUUUGUGCUUAUAGCCUACAUCUGAAUGUAUCAGGAUGCUAUUUCCAUGUGGUAGUACUGUAUCUGAAGGGACAUGUUUGGGAGCCUGAUCCUGCUUGGACUUGCAUGAUGAGUUUCAAAGACCUUGCAGAUUAUAUAUAUAUAUAUAGUAGCUGAUAACAUUUUUAGGAUUGAAACAGCUCAUCUGAAAGACCCGUCCACUAGAAGAGUUCUGCCAUUAGUUGAGGCAAUAUGUGAUACUGAUUUUUACAAUAUAAUCCUAUAUAUAUAUCCUAUUCAAGAGUAACGACUUUUACAGUAUAACCUUAUACGUAACCUAUUCCAUGGUAAAUGCCAUGGAGUUCAGUGGGGUUUGCUUCCAUUAAGUGGCAGUAGAAUUUCUGUGCUAAUUCUGUCGUCUGGUUGCUUUGAGCAUUUAUAGUUUAAUGCAAGAAAAUCAAGCCUGUAUUUUCAAAACCUGUCUAUAGUAGCAAUUUUAUAAAUGCAAAAUAUCAUAAACGUGCUGUUAUUUAACAGGACAAUACUGGAGUUUGGAAAAAGAAAAUCAAGGAGAAAAAAUGUGAUUCCCCAGCAAUAUGUAGGGAGUCCAAUCAAUACCAUAAACCCAAACUCUGGGUAAAUAAAAUACUUCAUCAAGAAUUUCCAUUUCUGCUGGUAUCUCAUUUUUCUAAAGCUGGACUUUUGAGCAGGCUUUUCUUUGGUACAUAAGCCCAUUUGGGGAUAAAUGGAGAGAUAUAGGGAGCUGGGGCAAGAAUGAGGCAGAAUGCCUUCCUACAUAUUUUAAUAAGUUAACCUUGGCUGUGGCCAAACGGAAAUACAAAAUAUAUAUAUAUAUUUUUAUCAGAGGCGGAAAUAAUUGCAUCUCGUAGAGAAUAUGUGCAAAGUUCUUCAUAGCACAUCAUUUUUAAAAGCCUGUCUCUUGUUCAGCAUUCUGUUAUACACAUUUAAGUCUCACUGUUUUUAGUCGGAAUUAUAAAUGGUAUUGAAUGUGGGAUUGCCACCUUUAGAAUUUCUCUGGCUAAACACAAUCUAUAUAGCCUAAUCUACCUUGGAUCUCAGUUUUUCAUUCUGCCAUAAUCUACCUCUUUGAAAUCAACCCCUCAUACCAUCACCCCUCCCCCCAAUGAUUGGUAUUUAAUUGUGAUCCAAUGGGUUUUCUCAAUAAGUGCUGUAUUUCUAAUUUCACUGUUUUAAGGGUUGAUAGAAAAAUGUUUACUGAAAAUUCCAAUGUUAUGAAUUUAAAUCUGGUAUGGGCAACUGGUUCACUACUGAGGGCUGCAUUUGAAAUAUACCAUAAUCUGACAUGGUACAGAAAAUUUGCAUAUUUUAGUUACAUGUAAUGUAAUUCAUGCAUCAUCUUCAUUAAUAAAGUAGAUUCCAAACUGCAGUAGAGGAAGCAUAUUGCCUUCAAAUGUGCAAAAUGUGGCCUUGGUAAAUUCAAUCCAUUGUUCUCAAGAUUAGUUCCAUUGGCACAAAAAGACUUCAAUUUCCUCUCCUCCCACCCACCCCACCAUGUGGCGCCAAAACUUGCUCCAGAGGGUCCCCCAACCCCCUGAAGCUGAUUUUUGAGAGUGUGCGGGAGACCGGCAGCGAGAGGGAAAGGAAGUUCCAUAGCACAAACAGACGUUCAUUGCUCCAGCAGAUGAGGAGUGGGGGGGAGCGUACCUGCCUCCCCGCCCACGCUGGGCACCACCCCAGGACAUAUGCCAUGCCCCUGCAGUUGGCGCCCCCCACCUCUGGGAUGCGUGCCAGCCCCGCCCCCACCUGCUCUCCGCCCCCCGGUGCAGGAGCAUGAAGCUCCGCCGCUAAUGCUGCCCCUUGAUGCAUGGAUUUAAUAAUCACGUGAAAAACAAUGAAUUUGACUUGCUGUAAUUGGCUCACCUUGUUUCCGAACCCUGAUUGCUUUUGCCAUUCUUUUCACAUUUUCCUGCAAACAUGAUGGUGAAAAUUACAUCCACACACACAUUUUUUAAAAAAUUAAACUGGAGUUCUGAGAACUCUGUCAAGAACCCAUGGGCCACCUAAAAAUACAAAUUUUUUAUAUUGCCCACCCCAGUUUAGAUCAUUUCAGUGGUACCCUCUCUCUAUAUCUUUAUAUAUGUAAUGAAUAUCUAACUUUUAAAAUGAUCAAUGAAUCUUUGUAGUUCAUCCUUGUUUUCCCUCUUGUAGCUCAACUAUGAAGGCUAAAGUGCCACCACCUUUACCGCCAAAGGUAAGAGGGGCUGUCACUACUUGCAGGAAAUAUGCUUACUGGCCUAGUUCAUAUGUAACACCUCUGAUCUCAUAAACUUCAGUUCAAGAAAAUAUAUGCCUGCACAUUCUCUCCUUGCUCCUGCCCUUUCAACCCCCCUGCCCAUGCCUGGCUUUGGCAACAAUUUCUGGUUUCUUAAAUCAUUUUUCCGUUCUUUCCAAACUAAGACUUUCCAAACUGGCUUGGGCAACUAAGAUAGCUUCACUUGAAAGCAGGAGAGAGAGAGAUAACUAUAAUAAACGAUGGUUUGUUAACAUCUGUCUACCGCUGAACCAUAAACUUAUGUCAGAUGACUACAAACCGUGGUCAGUUUUUAAAAUGGAAAUGGAAGUCAAUGGGUGGAAUUCCGCUGAUACAGAUAUUUCAUCUGUGCUAGUAUAUUAGCUUGCCAGUUGGAAUGAUCCCUCCUUACCACAUAAUGCUGUUCUGGGGGUUCUCCCAACCUCCCCAGAGCUUAUCACAGGGGAGGUGCAGGGCAAGGGGGAGGGAAGCCCUUGUGCAAGGCGUCUGCUGACAGGGUUCAUUAGGUGAAUCCCGCCUGGUCCUUCAGAUCUCUGCACCAGAAGCCAGAGUGGACGUGCUUGAGCCCACUUGUGGGUAGCCAUCUGAGUUUAUUUUGAUUUUAAUCUGAUUUUAAUCUGUAUUUCAGUUGAUUGCUGAAUUUAUGUUUUAAUGUAUUAUAUAUUUUGAUAUUAGCCACCCUGAGCCUGGUUCUGGCCGGGAAGGGCAGGAAAUAAAUAAUAAUAAUAAUUAUUAUUAUUAUUAUUAGACAUAUCACUGUAUUGUUUUUAUUUCAUAAAAUUUAUGUGCUGCUUGACUGUUAAAACACACAAACCUGAAUGCAGUUUACAAAAAGAGGAAAACAGUAACGUUAUCAGUAAAAACAUCUGAAUACAGUGAUAGUUUCAGUUGCAUUCUCUUUUAGCAGUCUUUUAGCAGUCUGCUUUGCCAAACUGUUUCCCCCAGUAGUAUACAUGCUGUUUUUUAGCCUACUGAAGGGCAGUCAUCAUGGGUUGCAUCCAGUUCUGUCCCCUCUCUAUUCAUGGAAGGCAUCUGUCAGGAUCACGAGGGGAGCUGUUUUCAGCUGCUACUCCACUCUGCAGCCCCUGAAAUCUGCUCCAGAGGUUUCCCCAGCUCUUCAUAGCAGAUCUAGAGAAGCAGGGAGAAAAUCACCAAAAAUUACUUUCUUCUCCGUCUGUUGACAGAUAGCUUAUGUCAGUGGAGGGAACAUAAUACAUUAUUAAGUCCCUCUUUUAAGUUAAUUAUAUUUGGCUAAUAUGCAGGUGAUAUAUGUGAUUUUAGAAAACCAUAAUCUGAUUUGCACCUUGUCCAAAAACAGACUGAAGGCUGUUUUACUGAUGUUUUCAAUUAUGCUUUGCAGAUUUUUUUGUUAGAUUGUAUUGUAUUUAAUAUGUUAUGAGCCACAUUAUAUUUUAUGAAACAGCAAGUUAUAAAUUUUCAAACAAACAAACAAAAUAAGGAUGUUUUCUGUAGACUUUUAGAAAGCCUUUCAUUUCUAGCCAUGAAAUUUCAGCUGAAGAAUUCCUUAUACGUGGCUCCUGUUACUUCUUCAUUUCUACUGUAUUCCCUGAACACAUUUUAAUGACUUGGUAUGAAAGUUUUAACAUGAAAGUGAUGUGAUAUGAAUUCAAAAACAUGGACUAAUAAAUUUUAUAAUUUCAGCCUAAAUCCAUCUACGUACCACAGGAGAUGCAUUCUUCUGAGGAUGAUAAUCAGGGAACCAUCAAAAGAUGUCCUGUUUCAGAAAGUCCUGCAAAAUCAAACACCCAAGUACCACCCAGACCACCACCACCUCGGUUACCGCCACAGAAAUCUCAUGCUUUAGGUAAUGUUGAUGAAUUACAGAUAAUUCACAAAUUCUUUUAAUAACAGCAGUUUAAUUUUGCCUUCUUCAAUACAUAUCCCAGAAUUAUUCUUAAAUAAGCAUGUUUUGCUCUGGGCAAGCGGCAGAAAAUGCACACUUAAAAAAACACACCCCUGUUUAGAUUUUAGUGGUGUCCCCCCUCCAACCUUCUUUAAGCCACUGAACAUGGAAAUAAAUUAUAAAAUAAAUUCUAAAAUCGUGUUUAUCAAAACUAUGUACAUGUCUGUGAUACAUUGUACUGAUGUGUGUCCAAACUACAAUCAUUGAGGACUAUGGAAUUCUGCCACUGAACACUUUCACAAGGCUUAGGACAAAAAACAGCACUUCCACCAGAAUAGAAUAAACUUUAUUCCCUUCACUGGUAUCCCCUCAUGCUUUCCAAACUUGUCCUUCAGCCCCAAAGUUCAGCAUGAACAGAUAGGCCUUGUAGUACUUCUGAACAUGUUCCAGUAAAAUGGAGUCCCAGUUGCUCUUCAUGCAUUUAGUUCCUGAAGCUGAGGCAUAGAUGAUUUCAUUAAGCACAUUAAGACCCAUAGGCCUAUUUAGGCCUGGUCAUUUCCCCCAAACCGUGUCCACUUGCCGUCAUAUGUGACACCAGUCUUAGUUGAAUCAGCUGUCUUAGGGAGUUCCCAACUAAGAACUUCACAGUAUAGCCAGUGGGUCUGCUCUCAGUACCGAUCAGCUUAUAGGCUCUGUGAUUGACAGAUGAGCAGCCCCACCUACCUAUGAAGGUUGGCCCAAGGGAUGGGGGAGGUAAGGGUUUGGCCACCCUGGAUUAAGCAAAUACCCUUCAGGAAUCUUGCUAAUUGUAAUGGUGGUUUAUGCUCUGUAAUGGUCUCUGAAUUUUUCUUGUGAAGGUAAUGGAUUGAAUUCUGUCCAGACAAAUGGCGACAGAGAGGGAUCUCCCCAUCAAGAGCCAAAUGAGAAUAGACACACAAAUCUCUCUAGAAGAGAAAAGAAGGAAGUUCUGGUAGGUAAUGCUCCAUUUGACUGUUUCUGUAAAGCACACGGGAAAGCCUCAAAAUGAGCAUGUCGCUUCCUGGUUUACGUGUGCUAUAUGUUGGGCAUCUUCAUUUGCAGUAUUUUGUAGUAUGUGCAUUGGAGCACCUGGGUAUGCUAGAAGCUUUUGGAUGGAAGUGUAUGUGUAAAAAUUAAGCAGUGUACAGUCAUACCUCAGGAUGAAUACGCUUCAGGUUAGGCAAAUUCAGGUUGCGCUCCGUGGCGACCCAGAAGUAACGGAGCGCAUUACUUCCGGGUUUUGCCACGCGUGCAUGCGCAGACCGUCAAAAUGGCGUCAUGCGCAGAAGCGCUGAAACGUGACAUGCGCAGACACGUGGACACGGGUUAUGUUCGCUUCAGGGUGCGAACGGGGCUCCGGAACGGAUCCCCUUCGCAUCCCGAGGUACCACUGUAUUGCCACAUAGACCCAAGCCAUGAAUCUAUAUGUGUCUGAAACCUACUUUUUCAUCUUCAGGGACUAAGCCCUUCGUGAACAAAAUGUCAGAAGGGAAUUACCUGUUCCUUCUGUGACUCUGGCUGCUGUUAGUCUGAAGGAGGUGGCCCAGAAACUAGCGUGUUUUACCACAUACACAGGAGCCCAGUAUUAGCACCUCACUGCCUGUGCAAAAAACAACAACAUAUCUUAAGAUAUUCAGAAAGGAAUAACAGACAAGGCUAGAACUUUUCCAAAAACAUGAAGUUUGCAGAGCAAAAGAAUGAAGCCAGUCCCAGAAAAUGAAGGUCGGGGGGAGAUAGGGAGUGAGAGAGUUGAGGUGGCAGUGAGCCCAAGGCAGCUGCAUGGAAAUGCUUCAGUGCCUGGGGAGGAAAGGAGGGGGACACUGGAAGCUGGAGAGCUGCGGAAAAAAUUGAAAGCGAGGAAGUGGGAGUGUAUACUGUUACUGUGAAGCACGUCUCCAGAUUUGGAUCUGGAACAGGGAGAUCAUUCCUGAGGUUGCACUGAGCUUCGGAAGUCCUGUAGAAGUGCACCAAUAAUCUCCAACCACCUUUCCAUAUCCAGACUUGGAGCAGAGAGGACCAGCGGUGCAUUGCUUUUGGCACUGGAUUGCAUAAGCUCCAAGCUUGCUCCCCAGGUUACGGCAGGAAGCAGGGGUGAUCUUCCCUGUGGUUAAUGCUGUGGAGACAAUCUGCAGUCCCUCCACAGAUCCAGCCUGGAGAGCAGGGCUGGGAUUCCUCUCAUCACAUUCACCAUGGCAAGUGAAACUGGGGGCUCGCGAAUGCAUGUGUACGAACCCUGCUCCUUCAGUGUUUGUGUCGCAAAUAUAGCUCUUCUUUAAAAGUCACAAUUCAAAUGUGCAUUUUUGUUUUCCAGAAACCAAUUAGUAACGGUCUUCCUCCUACACCAAAAGUGCAUGUAAGUAUUAAGUUUGGCAUAGGAUGAUUUAUUCAAAGUAUCUUAAAUUCUGUCUCAGGGCAUUGUUGACUACCAUUUAUGUUAAAGAUUUAACCCUCAUAGUGUUAUAUAUGUUGAACUGCUAGAAUGUAGCUGAACUAGUUUUGGAGUGACAGCUUCCCCAUAUGUGUAUGAUACACCUCUUAAUAAUAAUAAUAAUAAUAAUACACUUACUAGGCCUUCUUCCAAGUCCAAUUCAGGCUAUUCUGUUCAAAUAGAAUUUAUAACUUCUUGUAUUUAUUCAUUGUCUUGUAGAUCAGGUAGCAGUAAUUUAGUUGUCUGUAGAUGGGGUAGAUUGUAUGAGGCAAUAUUUUUUACAAAAAUGAGUUGAAUUUAUAUUUCAGCUAUAUAUUCUUAAGUAAAUACAGUUACUGAAUCUUGAAAUGCAGUGUUGCACUUUUAUCACAGAAUUGGACUUCAAGGGAAGAACGAUGGAAUCCCAUUAGAUGACUUCAAAAUUAAAUACCUCUUACUAAGUCUGUUUGAGCCAUAGUAUAUCCUUUUAUGCUAAAAUUCCUUCUUAGAAGAAAAUUGGGCCUCCAGUUUGAAGAGUCCACCUAAUUUAGCAUAUUUUGAUUACUAGAAAUGUCGGAGAGUAGGCUAGAGAACUCAACACGCUGUCAAAUGCAGUUUCGGUUUUCAUUCCUUUAGGGACAACUUGCCCUACUUUCUUCUGCAUAGCUUAUAAUACUAGGCUGAAUGUUUUGAGACUGCAGGAGUGGAUUUUUGUCCCUGGCAAAAUGUAAUUGUUCUUACAACUUUCAGUUUCCUUCUUUAUGCCUUCUAAGUUUGUGGAGGUAUUAACACAAGCAAAUUCUAGUUCUUACACUUAAAAUAAAAUAAAAUUCAGGUCAAAGGCUAGCUUUUCCUCAGUAUUGUACUAGAAGAAAAACUGAGAGCUCUUCAAGCUUUUUGUCCUUCCAUAGCUAUGCACAACAUGCUCUUCACUGCAAAGUAAAGUGAAUGGCUGGAUCAGGAGAAUUGAGGAUCCUCCUGGAUUCUUUGAGGCCAGGUCCCCAUUAAAAAUAAUACCUUAAGUGGGUUUUGGGUUUUUUCCUUUCGGCUGUUCCUUUUUCUAUUCCAGAGGAGCAGUGGGAACUGAAAACUUGUGCUUAAUGGUUUUUCCAGAACUCAUGUUACGUACAAAUAAAAUACAUAUCUAAGAUGCUUUCUUUAAAAACAGGAUAUUUGAUUUUAAUUUGCUCCUUGGAAUUGUCCACAGAAUAAGUCUAUUAAACAGUGUGACAGAUUAGAAAUCAGAGGGGACGCUGAGACUGAGUAUCCCAUUCAUUUUUUAACACAAGUAGUAUUCCUGAGUAUUUCAGGAGCAGGCUAGUUGGCAACUAAGUGGAGUUUCCCUGUAUUUAAUUAGUUAUGUACUUCAGUCCUUUCUCUUGACAACUUUGCUGAAGAAAAGGGGAGCUUCUUCUCAGGUGGUAUGGCAUCUUCCACUUCAGCAUUUAGAAUAGGGCACUUAAGGUUACAACUGAGCCAAAACAUUGUCUUGUGCUCAUGUAUCAAAAAGUGCCUCCCAUUUUCAAUAUCAUUGCAAAUAUAUUUGCAUUGUUUCAGUGUUGUUCUUGCCACCAUCUGCCUUCUCCAUCUUUACCCUUGCUUUUUCUUGUUUCCCCAUUUUAUCUGAUUAGCUGUGGCAACAAACAUAAUUCUGUGCCAAUGUUUUAAUGCUAAAUCUCACAUUAUGAUGAAAUGUGCCCAUUAACCAAAUAAUGUUGGUUGCCGCAAUUGGCACUGUGGGCAAAUAAUGUAAAGGACAAUCAGUGAAGGAAGAGAAAGAAAAUGGCACCAAGAAGCAACAGCAGAAAAACUUCACCUCACAGAAUUGAAAUACCAUAGAUUUUGGUGGCAUUUCUUCAGUAAUAUGAGUGCACUGAUUGUGCUAAUUUUGUCAUUGAAGUUAAGCAGUAUUCAGUGAAGACACACGUGAGAUGAAUUCUCUGUUGUAAAAAUUGUGUCCUUUUAUUUUUCACAGAUGGGUGCUUGCUUUUCAAAGGUUUUCAACGGAUGCCCCUUGAAAAUUCAUUGUGCAACUUCAUGGAUAAAUCCUGAUACAAGAGGUAAUAUUCAGUUUCAGCCAGGAUGAGAAAGAAACACUUAAGAACAAUUUUGUAAGGAUUUGAGAGUUCUGUCCUUCCCUGGGAAUUCACAAACUUUCUCUCUCCCAUGCAGUAUUCUCUGCCCUCAUAACACGAUAGAUUCUUUCCAGGUUAUGUCUUUGGAAUCCAUUUGCAAGAUACAUUUCAAAGCUUUUACCCUGUCAGAAGCCCAAAUUGCUUUUCUAGUUGUACUGGGCAAGUCAACACCGCUCCAUUUGGGCAGAUUUAUUAAGCCAGUAUGGCAUCCUAGGACAACUACAAUUCAUGUAUAAUUGCCAGACUUACCCAGAUUCUCUUGUACAGUUUGCACUUAGGCUUCAUAUUUCACUUUCCAUUUACGAUAGAUCCUUUUGAGCUUCUUUGUACUGUUCGGGGUUCUACUACCUUGAGUUUGAAGAUGUAUUUUAAUAUCUGUUUAAUUUUCCAUGAACCUGCUGCAUCACUAUUCAGCCCUGACUCCAGAUAAUUUAAUGAAUAAGACUUGGUCCCAGGGACAGGAAACCAGGAUCUAUUGGGGGGGAGGAAUAUGCAGGGGUUUCUGACUCUUAAUGGUUUCACAGCAAGUAAAGACAUUCGCUGCCAUGACUAAUCUUGUACUAAUCACUUUUGCCUUAGCCUCCGAGUUCCUCAUUUAUAAGAUAUGCUCCCUGUUCGUAUCUGUAAGACAUGGGUCUCAAAUGGUUGCCUUUGGUCAGAAUUCUGUAUAGCUCUGCUGACCAGUUGGAGACUGGUUCUUUGUGUUAGAACCAGCAUAACCUGCUAAGCCACAGUUACACCAUGGGAUUCUAACACAACCAGAAACCCAUGCAGAUUUAUGAAACUGAAAUUUUCCCACUCUUGACCUGGUCUACACACCCAAUAGAACAAAAUGGCAGUAUCUUAAAAGUAUGAGAGUGAACUAUACCACAAAUGAGAAAUCACAACUUGUUCUCGUCAUGUAAAACCUCAUAGCUCUGUCUCCUGUCCAGUUUUCAGCUUGCAGCUAGCUUCAUAUUUUACGUAGGAAAGCAUUCAGAAAUGUGAUACUCCCAUCUGCUGGUCUGAAAGUAGUGCAGUCAGUUCUACCACAUAACCGUCUCAUUCUUCUUUAUAAGUAGACCCAGUGAAAGUUAAAUAGCACCAGUUCCAGAACAGGAUAAACGUUACACUAUUGAUAAGAAGUUCAUUCAUUGUUGAAGUCUCACACUAUUUCAAAGGGGACAAUAGUAAAUGUUUCUUCCUUUAGAACAAACCAAAGUUCAGUGUUACAUAUGAACUUGGGGAAUUGUAAUUCAUUUUCACCCGUUAGUUAAAACAAACCAGAAUUAACCUGUAGUUUCAGAUCAAGAACAAGACACAGUUCCCCAAAUGAAUGCAUAACAAAGAACUGUGGCUUGCUUUGAAGUGAAAAUGGAAAAUGUCACACUCUUCUCUCAUGUGCUGUCUGCUGUCUACUAGGCCAAGUGUUUUGUUUUGUUUUGUUUUGUUUUUAAUGUGAACCACCCUGAGACCUCUGGGUAUAGAGCGGUAUAUAAAUUCAAUAAAUAAUAAUUAUUAUUAUUAUUACCAUGACUGAUACUCCUGCUCUGUAUUAUGUAUUGUUAUGCACUUUUUUGCUUUUAAAAUCUGUUAGUUGCUUUAAGGGGCUUUUGCCUGGUAAAGUGGGGGCAUUUAUAGUAAAUACGUUUGUAUCUUUGUAGACCAGUACUUGAUAUUUGGUGCUGAGGAAGGGAUUUACACCUUAAACCUUAAUGAGCUCCAUGAAACAUCAAUGGAACAGGUUUGUUUUCAGAUUUUGCUUUUCCUAUGUAGUGGUGUGAUAUUUUAAAAUUUAGUAUUUCCCAGCGUAGCCCAACAUAAUGAGUGGAAUUCAGUGUAGCACUAGGGAGAUUGCUCCAUUAGCACAAGCAUUCCCACUUGCUUGCUUAUUUAUUUAUUCCAUUUUUAUACUGCCCUUCAUCUGAAGUUAAUCUAAAUGCAAGUAUGUGUAAAUGUAGAGCCACAAGAUUAAGGUAUUUACAGAGCUCAGCUUGAAUAAGGCCUCUGAGAGUUUGCUUUCCCUAAGAAUGACAGCUCUCACCAGAGAACUCCUCAACUCUCAUCCUGGCUGCAUACCAAUGCUCAGCCUCUCCUAUAAGAGAGAGUACUGAUAAUACCAUCAUUAUUCUUGGAAACAAGGAGUUGUGCUCUCUCUCGUUCCUUGCUGAAGCAAUUUUUAAAAAGCAGCAAGUCCCUUUGGUUUUGCCACUUCAGCAGCAGCCCUGGAAAUAAUGUCCACUCUGCCUCACAGAAGCUCAAGAAAAUAUACUGCUCUCACAAUAUAUAGCAAUUUUUAUAGCAGUUUCUUACCCAUCAUGAUGUCUCUUUCAAAAUUACUUUAUUCUUUUAUUAUUAUUUACAUUAUGUUCCCUACACCAGCUGUUUCCCCGACGGUGCACGUGGCUGUACGUGAUGAACAAUUGUUUGCUAUCGAUAUCUGGUAAGACCUCUUUUUGAAUAAUUUGGAACGUAAAUGCCUGGGCUCUGUUGCUCGGUUCAACUUUUUGUACUACAUUGGCUGUUUUAUUUGCAGGUAAAGCUUCUCAGCUUUAUUCCCAUAAUUUGCCGGGUUUAUUUGAUUACGCAAGGCAAAUGCAAAAGUUACCUGUGGCUAUCCCGGCGCACAAACUUCCUGACAGAAUACUCCCCAGGUAAGUAAGUUUGUGCUACAUUUGUUUCUUUUUUGAGUGGGGUUCCAAAUGUGUAAUGUUCAGGUUGGGGGGGUCGUGCUGCAGCAUCUUGGAGGGCAGAUUAAACCCACACUCAGCAGCAGUGGUCUGUCCCACACCCUCCCACACUGAUGGAUUUGGAGCAGAAACAGCAACAGCACUGCCCUCACAGCGAUAGCAUUGGGUGAGGUGGCAGCAAGGUCAGGGGAGCUUUGGGUUGGCUGUAGUGUCCUGCAAUUGCACAUGCAUCUGCAGAGCCACAAGCAACAACCUGGAGGUCCCUGAGACCUUGCUACUGCCUUGCUCUGCCCUGCCCCAAUGAGCAUAGCUCCUGCGGCACCAGGAGGGAGCUACCACUGCUCUGCCCCCUUACAUAUACAGUUAUACCACGGGUUGAAGUAGCUUCAGGUUGAGCGUUUUUGGGUUGCGCUCCAUGGCAACCCGGAAGUAACAGAAUGCGUUACCUCCGGGUUUCGCUGCAUGCGCAGACGCUCAAAAUAACAUCAUGCGCAUGCACGGAAGUGGCGAAUCGUGACCUGCUCAGACGCGGGUUGCGUUCGCUUCAGGAUGCGAACGGGGCUCCAGAAAGGAUCCUGUUCGCAUCCAGAGGUACCACUGUAGUGCUGCAGAAGAGAAAGUAUGAUUGGUGCUCAGCGGCAUAGCUAGCCGCUUGGGUGCCUGGUGUGUGGGCAUGUCCUGCAGCCAGGGGCGGGGUGAUCCGCCUGUGAGGGCGGGGCGAGCCUCUCCGAUGCUUGGAGCGUCUUCGCUGCCUCCCCCUCGGCUGUAGGGCGACUAAGGGAGAGGCAGUAGGCAGACGCAAGUCCCACGCUGCUGUUUCAGGCAGCACAAAACCUGCAGGCACCUAAGCCACCACAUCACUCCUAAAAACUUUUGUGAGCCCAGUUGUUGUUGUUGUUGUUUUUUUAAAAAAAUCACACACAAACCCCAAUGAUGACACCCAGGGCGGACCGCACCCCCCCUUCCUCCGCCACUGUUGGUGCUUACCUGAAGCAUAGAUUUGCGAGGGUGUCAUGCAGGCGCUGGGUUGUCACAAGGCAUGUUCAUGGAAUUUCUGGGCCUGUUCAUGGAACUUCAGCUGGAUCAUCAUGAUGAAAAGGAAAACUAGGACGUUAACUUGUAUUUUUAAAUAUAUAUGUAUUCCAGGAAGUUUGCAGUGUCAACCAAAAUUCCAGACACAAAGAUGUGUCAGAAGUGUUGUGUGGGUAAGUAGAGAUAUUAUCUAAUAUCAAUGCAUACGUACAAAUUAGACAUCUAAUGUAAUUUGUACUUGGAUUACUUUGGCAAUAAAAUGGUUUGCUUGGAAUUUAACAUUGGAUACCUUUUGGAUCUCUCAAAACGCCUCUGUAGUAUCUGGGUGUUUCAUCAUUCUGUGAAAUGUCAGAUAACAGUGGGGAAUCGGCUUAGGGAGAGAAACACAGGAAGGUAGAAAAGAAAGGGGAAGGCAGUAGUCAAGGGGGGUGGGGAGUCCUCUCUGCAGUUUCCUCUGUAUUCCUCAAGUGUUAAUGUGUGUAGGUGGCAACCGCAGGUCACAAAGGGAAGGGUGGAAAGAACAGCAAAAUGUGGGGAAAUUAGGCUCUUUACUACAGUUCAACAGAGGUUGUUCAUGUGACAGGUUGUGACUAUUGUAUAAUUCUUGCAUUUAGUGAAAAACCUGGAAAAAUACAGUCUUUAAGUAAAUGGCAGUAUGUCUUCUGUAUUUGCUAGCAGGAUCCCAUGUGAGCACUUUCAACUUUCAAGAGCUUACUCUGGACUUGAGCCACUGGUUCUCAUAGUCUGAAGCUUGAAAUCCCUCACAUGAAGAGAGAAAAUGAGUCUCAAGCAGUCAAGCCCUACCAGAUGCCUCAUCUUAGCCAGGAGCUUUUUCAGUAGUAGGAUUAUAUGUGCCAGAAAUGGGGAAAUAUUUGUGAUAGUUCCAUAGCUAUCUGUAUCUCACUGCCAGGCUUACUAAGGCUUGAGAUUCUCCCCAGCUGGGGUACCAGGAAAGAAAUCCAUCAGAGCAGCAUUGGUCUUUUGCAGAUCACAUCUCACACAGGACUCAUCUACACUUUGCUUUACUGUGAAGGGUUUCUAAAAAAUCAUUUUUCUUUCUUAGUGAGGAAUCCUUACUCGGGACACAAAUACCUUUGUGGGGCCCUGCAGUCUAGUAUCAUUCUAUUAGAGUGGGUUGAGCCAAUGCAGAAAUUCAUGUUGAUCAAGGUAGGUUGCAUUUGAAAAGUUAUCCUGCUGUAAAUAUUACUCUCACAGCAGAAAAUAUUUUGUUGUAUUCUAUUGGCUUCCAGCCUGAAGAGUGAAAAUGAUUCCUUGUUGUUGUUGUUGAUUUGUCCACUUCUGUUCCAACUCUCUCAAAAACAACACAAAAACCAGGGGAGCCAAUUAAGACCAUAAACGCCACCUUAAAAACAAAACACAACGAUGAGAUAAAAUUAAAGCAGCUGUCUUUCUUAAAAGCAAUCAGGAGAUUCUUUGGAGCAUCUUUUUGGAUAACUCAUGCCAGACCCCAGGGCUGCAGCAGAAAAGAACCUGCAACUAACCACCAUUGAGAUAAUUUUAAGAUCUGGCACACAGAUUUAAAGAGGUGGAGGGACUCUUGAACAUUACGUUUGGGAGGGGAACUUAAUGCAUUUCCUGGUAUAAGAUCAGGUGGCUUGUAGCUAUUGUAAUGUUUAAAGGCUUCUCAGUAUCCUUUGACUAGGAUCAAAAAAGGCUUUGCUCUUAGUCAAAGGAUAUUGGCACAGUGCUUCAGAUAACUACAAGAAACACUUUUAGUAAGAAUGGCAAAAUCUGCAUAAACCUUGUUUUAGUGAUGCCUGUUUCACCUUUCUUAAAAGAGGCUUGAAGUCACCAUACAUUGAUAAGCACAUUAUUUUAUCCUGUUAUGAUGUUGAAAUAAUAGUAGUGCUAAGUGUGACAUUCCAUCAGCACAAUAAUUUUUCCCUGGGCAACAGAACAUCUCCCUUCAUAUCCCCCCCCCAAUCUGUUAUGGGGGUUUCCCCAGUCCUCGGGAGCAUAUUGGGGGGUGGGGGUGGGGAGAAAGGAGGGCAUCCACUUGUUUGUUACACUUGUGCGUAGUUGAAGACCACCCAGUACUUUAAUGGUAUUAUACAAAUACCUCCAUAUCUAUUUUGUGGCUAACCAGUUUACUUCUUAAUGUAGCACAUAGACUUCCCUGUACCUUGUCCACUGAGAUUGUUUGAGAUGCUGGUGGUACCUGAGCAGGAAUUCCCUCUGGUUUGUGUCGGUGUGAGUAAAGGGAAAGACUUCAACCAGGUGGUGAAGUUUGAAACAGUCAACCCAAAUUCUACCUCUUCAUGGUUUACAGAAACAGGUUUGUGUAUCUUUCGAUUAGCUUUUCAAAUAGUUAGCUGUCUAACAGAACCAUUGCCAUUAGCAGAACCAUUACCAAUUGCUACAGAGAUUUUCUGUGAGGCCAUGAUGCAAAAGGUUAGCCAUCGCUGCUAUAGGGAGGUGAUUCUGACUGAGUCACUGGGGGAGAAAUUAUUUAACCAUUUUGUUUUAAACAGAUUAUAUAUAGUUCUAAUUCCAUCAAUGGUUGCUUUUUAAUUAUUGUUUUUUUCUUCUUUUAUCUGCAAGCCAUCUUGAGUUUCGUCAGGCAGGGUAUAAAUAAAUAGAUAGAUAGAUAAAUUUCAUUCAUUCAUUCAUUCAUUCCCCCAAUUGAGUCCCUGCUCCAGCGCCACCUUUUGUUGUCUAGGGAAGAUUUAUGAGGAGCCUUAAAGGCUCAUUCACAUAGUACCAAACCAACCAGGAUCAUGGAUUCCAAAAAGAAAAGAAAAAUGCCCUGUACGGUGGCUUUUUUAUACAAAUAGAACAAUUGAACUGGAGAGUGUUUGCCUUGAAUUAAUAUUUACACAUGAAUGUCAACUAAUCUUGUUUUGGUAUUUUGGCAGAUACUACACAGACAAACGUUGCGCAUGUAACACAAUUGGAGAGAGAUACCAUUUUAGUCUGUUUGGAUUGUAAGUUACGUCUUUGACCUAGACAUACAUAUUCUAGUAACAUUCAUGAUGUAAGGAAAGCUGCUGAAUUAUGGUGUCUGUUUUUCAGGCUGUAUAAAAAUUGUAAAUUUGCAAGGCAGAUUAAAAUCUAGUCGGAAACUGUCCUCGGAACUCACAUUCGAUUUCCAGAUCGAAACAAUAGGUAUGUAAAGUUUAGUCUUAAAACUUUAUUAGCUAGUUAACUCCUUGAGUAUUUCACAACGUGAUGAAAACCUCAUCAUCAUCAUUAUUAGGUUUGGAGGAGGCACAGUACCACAGACUAUUCAUUUUAUGUAUUUCUGAACAGUUGGGACAAAUAAUAAAUUAUCAUUUAAAAAAGUUUUUUAAACUAUUAUUUUAAAACAAUGGAAGAUCAAGAGCAAAGGCAAAUAUGUGACUGCAGCACUGUUUGCAAAAAUAGCUAUUGGAUAAAAUCUCAAUGUUUUUCAGAAUUCUAACAUUUAAAUAUCUCUAGAAACAAGUAAAUGUUUUACAGUAGUAUCGUGUACAGUAAAUGAUAUCUGGAGUUUGCAUUGAUUUCCAUUGUUAAUUGCUGUGGGUUCUGAUACCAUCCUUAGGCAAUUUCCCUUACUAACACUUGGAGUUAGUAAUAUUAAAAAAACCAAAAACCAUUAGCUGAAUGCCUUAAUUUCUGUGUUAACAUUAAAUAGCUAUUGGGGUGUUAAAUGUGAGGUUUUUACUGUGUUAUGGCCCCUUAGAUUCCCCCAGUCCCUUGGUUAUUGUGGGUCUCUCCCCCCCCAACCCCAUGGUGUAGUGGUUAAGAGCAGUGGACUCGUAAUCUGGUGAACCAGGUUCGAUUCCCCGCUCCUCCACUUGCAGCUGCUGGGGGACCUUGGGCUAGACAUACUUCUCUGAAGUCUCUCAGCCUCACUCACCUCACAGAGUGUUUGUUGUGGGGGAGGAAGGGAAAGGAGAUUUGUCAGCCGCUUUGAGACUCCUUAGGGUAGUGAUAAAGUGGGAUAUCAAAUCCAAACUCCUCCUCCUUUAUUUUAAGAGGAAUCUAUUUUGUCACUUUGUGAGAGGACACCCAAGUCCUAUUGAGAUCAGUGAAAUGUAAGCAUGCAGGCACGUUCUUAAACCCAGUUCAGAUCAUGAUCUAACCUUUCUAAGCCAUGAUUUAGAUGAGAGGUGGAAGCUGGAUCCAGCUGGUUGGCCAGAUCCUUGGUUCCAUCAUUCCUAGUGUACCGUUUUGACAGGUAGGUGGGCCUCAGCAGUCCUACUGACUUCCCCAUGGUGAUGUCCUAGGGAUGUUGACUGUGACUAAUAGGUGGAACCUGUGCCAGUCCUAAUUAACUCCAUGGGCCGAGGUUCCUUGUUGUUGGCUUGGGUGACCACAACUAAAUAAUAAUAAUAAUAAUAAUAAAUUUAUACCCCACCCAUCUGGUUGGGUUUCCCAGCUCCCAACAGAUUAAAAACAGAAUAAAACAUCAAACAUUAGAAACUUCCCUAAACAGGGCUGCCUUCAGAUGUCUUCUAAAAGUCAGAUAGUUGUUUCUUUCCUUGACAUCUGAUGGGUGGGCAUCUCACAGGGCGGGCGCCACCACCGAGAAGGCCCUCUGUCUGGUUCCCUGUAACCUCAGUUCUCGCAGUGAGGAAACUGCCAGAAGGCCCUCGGAGCUGGACCUCAGUUCCUGAGCCAUGGAGAGAUUCAGGCCCACAUGCAAAAGGAGAGUGAAACCUUUUUGCUUUCAGCUAAAAACAACAUUGUCCUGAUACAUAUGAACUUGGGGAGUUGUCUGAACCAGGCCUUCAAUUUUAGUUGGGCUUAGGCAUGCUGAACUCUUUUUGGACUGCACCUAUUCAGAUACAGUGGUACCUCAGGUUAAGUACUUAAUUCAUUUCGGAGGUCCGUACUUAACCUGAAACUGUUCUUAACCUGAAGCACCACUUUAGCUAAUGGGGCCUCCUGCUGCUGCUGUGCCACCAGAGCAUAAUUUCUGUUCUUAUCCUGAAGCAAAGUUCUUAACCUGAAGCACUAUUUCUGGGUUAGCGGAGUCUGUAACCUGAAGCGUAUGUAACCUGAAGCAUAUGUAACCUGAGGUACCACUGUAUGCAUAGAUUCAAUGAGUUUAGGUGUAAAUAAGCAUGUGCACUUGGCUGCAGUCUAUAAAAAAAGCUAAUUCAAAUUGUCUUUUUCUUCCAGUUUGCCUACAAGAUAGUGUUCUGGCUUUCUGGAAACAUGGAAUGCAAGGCAGAAGUUUUCGAUCAAAUGAGGUAAAUAUUGCAGGGUGGAAUAAAAAAAAACGUUCUGUUCCUUUAAAUUGCCUUGAAAGGCAAGAUUGCUGUUUGUUUCCAUAAUUAAUAUUUCAUUUUUUCCACAUAAUUUCAUAAAAUUCAAUGGUUUGUCUGUAAGUACUUGGGUUGCCCUGAAAGAAAUGGCUAAUGUAUGGCACAGUAAUCAGAAGAAUAGCUGGAAGUUCUGGUACCUUGCUCAGCUUAUCUGUAAACUCCUUGCCUAAGGCAAGCCAGUGUGGUGUAGUGGUUAAGAGCGGUAGUCUCGUAAUCUGGGGAACCGGGUUCGCGUCUCCACUCCUCCACAUGCAGCUGCUGGGUAACCUUGGGCCAGUCACACUUCUCUGAAGUCUCUCAGCCCCACUCACCUCACAGAGUGUUUGUUGUGGGGGAGGAAGGGAAAGGAGAAUGUUAGCCGCUUUGAGACUCCUUUGGGUAGUGAUAAAGCGGGAUAUCAAAUCCAAAUUCUUCUUCCUCUUCUUCUUCUUCCCUCAUAUCCCCUCUGCCAUCUGAAUAAUAGAGAGGUAUAAUAAAGGGCAUAUUGUAAGAAUUGCUUCAAGCUGUGUAAAACACUUGGAGCAUGUAGAUUUCUACAUAGCACUUGUCCUUUAGUAGUUCUACUAAAGAGGGGCACUCCUUAGCCGACUGAUUUUUAAAUUUGUCAGUGUCUUCAAACACUAGUUUCUAGUUAGAGUAAAUUUAUGUAAAGCUGCCCAAAGGAAGGAUUGCAAAUAUAUUCAAAACUCAAUAAAAUAAGACAGUGAAACCAUCAUAACUACAGGAGGGCAAAGGUGUAUAUCAGUCUUCUCCCUUUGUUCUCAAAUGUGCCAUUCUACUACCAAAUCUCCUAACUGUUGAAUCAGCUGUUGGUCCCACACAGGCCAGGAAUUCCCUGAUUGGUGGCUGCUUCUAUGUCUCUCACAGCCCCAGCCCUGGUGGCAGAUGCAGGGGCAGGGCAGGGAGCAAAGAUGUUAACAUGCUAUCCUCUCAGUUUUGUCUUAAGCAUUGAUUAUAUCAGACACUUAAAACUCCACUAAGUAUUUGUUUGGCUUUUCAAACAGAUCACACAGGAAAUUUCCGACAGUACAAGAAUAUUCAGACUCCUUGGCUCUGACAGGUAAGAUAACAUAUUGAACCAAGAGUGGAAACUGUUCAAGUGGGGAGGGAGUAGGGCCUGGUUUUGUUUUAAAUUUCUUGUUUGUUUUUAACUUUCUGUGAUUUUAUUCUUUGGUUUUAUGUUUUCAUAUUGUUAACUGCUGUGAUUUAUGUUUUAUGAUACAGCAGUGUGUAUGUGCGUGUGUGUGUAUUCAUGGGACGUGGGUAGCGCUGUGGUCUAAACCACUGAGCUUCUUGGUCAGCAGUUCAAAAGCCCAUGACGGAGUGAGCUCCCACUGCUCUGUCCUAGCUCCUGCCAACCUAGCAGUUUGAAAGCACACCAGUGCAGGUAGAUAAAUAGAUAUCACUGCAGCGGGAAGGUAGACGGCAUUUCCGUGCGCUCUGGUUUCCGUCACGGUGUUCCAUUGCGCCAGAAGUGAUUUAGUCAUUCUGGCUACAUGACCCGGAAAACUGUCUGUGGACAAACGCCGGCUCCCCCGGCCUGAAAGCUUGAUGAGUACCACAACUCCAUAGUCGCCUUUGACUGAACUUAACCGUGCAGGGGUCCUUUACAUUUACCUUUAUAUAUAUUCAUAAAUAAAUACAUUGACCAUGCAGCCCAGGGCCAGCACCAGGGGUUAGUCUAUUAGGACAACUGUUGAGUGGGCACUGCCCUAGAAAAGUAGUAAGAGCCACCAGCUACUCACUUGCUUGCCCUUUCCCUCUGGGCUAUGAAAAUUGGACCUGAGGUAACCAGUUCCCACCAUCACCCAGAGGAAGAGGGUAGGGAGCGGCUGUGACGGCAGAGCUUUGCUGCCAUUGCCAUUUACACACUUGUAAAUGGCAAUUUACAAUUUACACACUUGUGGGUGGCGCUGUGGAUUAAACCACAGAGCCUAGGACUUGCUGAUCAGAAGGUCGGCAGUUCGAAUCCCCUCGAUGGGGUGAGCUCCCAUUGCUUGUCCCUGCUCCUGCCAACCUAGCAGUUUGAAAGCACGUCAAAGUGCAAGUAGAUACCGUAUUUUUUGCUGUAUAAGACUCACUUUUUCCCUCCUAAAAAGUAAGGGGAAAUGUGUGUGCAUCUUAUGGAGCGAAUGCAGGCGGCGCAGCUAUCACAGAAGCCAGAACAGCAAGAGGGAUUGCUGCUUUCACUGCACAGCGAUCCCUCUUGCUGUUCUGGCUUCUGAGAUUCAGAAUAUUUUUUUUCUUGUUUUCCUCCUCCAAAAACUAGGUGCGUCUUGUGGUCUGGUGCGUCUUAUAGAGCGAAAAAUACGGUAAAUAGGUACCGCUCCGGCGGGAAGUAAACGGCGUUUCCGUGCGCUGCUCUGGUUCGCCAGAAGCGGCUUAGUCAUGCUGGCCACAUGACCCGGAAGCUGUAUGCUGGCUCCCUCGGCCAAUAAAGUGAGAUGAGCGCCGCAACCCCAAAGUUGGUCACGACUGGACCUAACGGUCAGGGGUCCCUUUACCUUUACCUUUUUAAAUGGCAUUUACACACUUGUAAAUGGCAAACCUCCAAUCCACAGCCAAUCAUCGUUGUGGAUUGGAGUUGGUGGAGCAGCUGCUGAGGAGAAGCCCUCCAUCACAGGGUUUCUUGACGAUGUGCUCUGCUCACCUCCCUCCUGCCAGGAGCCUAGCCCCAAUUUGAUUUAUAAGUAGUAGAUUAACGUAUUACUUUUCUUCUUCUUCUUCUUCUUCUUCUUCUUCUUCUACUCCACCCACCCUCCCCACCCUUCAGAGUUGUGGUACUGGAAAGCAGGCCAACAGACAACCCGACAGCCAACAGCAAUCUAUACAUCUUAGCAGGCCAUGAAAAUAGUUACUGAGAAGCAAUAUGCAUGGAGAUUGAAUCAUGAACAGAGAAACACUACUGCUUCAACACUUUUGGAUGGCUGAAAUUGCACAAAAGCUGCAGUAUCCCCACUUCAGUUGCUUUGUAAUUUAUUGUGAUGUAUGGGAGAGUGAGUGAGAGCAAGAACUCUUGCCUGAAUGAUACGGACACGCUUAGCACAUUAAUACCACAAAAGUGCUUGAUUCACCAUUAUGUAAUCUUUGUACAUAUGCAGAAUUUUUUUUCCAGUGAAAUGUAUUGCCGAAAGCCUCUCUUGAGUUUAUGUAGAUAGUGGUCAAAUGUCUUAUCUGUAUAAAUGUAAAAAGGUUGCUGAGGACAUAAAAUUGCAUUUGGGGUACUAUUUUAAGGACUCUUCAAGAAUUGGAUGCUAGCGAUAAACACAGCACAUUUAAUAACACUAUUGUAUUUUAUUAUGUAAUUUACUAAUACAAAUAAACCUUACCUUUUUAGACAUUGUAACCAAGACUGCAAUCCUAUUACGAUCUUGUUUUUAAUUAUAUGCAAGUACACUGGUGUUUUUGGUUGCACAAAGUAUUAAUAUGUGAUGUAUUUAGUCACAAACGUAAGCUGUGACAUUGUGAAUAUGAUUUGGGCGUUAUAAUUUUAGGAGUUUGGGGUAGUUUUCUUUGUGAAACCAGCCAGUUGAACACCUGUAUUUUUAUAUUUAAGGAAAAUUCUUUAAUUAUUUUCUGUGCUUGGGGGCAGGGGAGUACAUAAUUUGGAAUGGGAAUAAAUCCUGAAUAGUGGUACCUUGCCGUAAUUCUAAAUGUCUGCAAUGGUAAAAUUAGCAUUAUUAUGAGUCUUUGUUAACCAGUGCUGCUCAUAUCAUGCAAAAGAAACAGCAACAAAUUACAGCAUUCUACAUCAUGGAAGUGGUUGAAAUACUUUGGGAUGGAUCCAAAUCGCCACCUGCAAAAGUAUCCUGUUCAGUACUUGCAAAAUAUUCCUUAGCACUUGCAUUAAGAUGAAGGUGUGCAUUUUCCUCAUUAAGAUGUUGAUAACUGACUUGGAAGGACAGAACGCGUUAACAUCCACACCGAAUUGCCAAUGUACCCAUUUGGAGCUGCGGAGCUGUUCUGCGGUUCUUAUAGGAUAACUUUGUACCAUAGGAUCCCAUACCGGUUCCUAAUUUCCUUACAUGGUGGGAUCUUGUAGGUUUUUCAAGCUCUGUUCCAGGGAACCCCAGAAUCCCUUGGAUGCUUCGCAGGGGGCUUCUCCCUGAGAUGAUCGGUAAUAGUGGAAAGCAUUCCUGAAGGACAGCAUGCUUACCCCUACUGAUUUUCCCCCUUGCCAUGAGCAGUUGCAGAGUGUAAGAUGGGCAGCACUAAGGCCCAGUCUGUGUGCCUAGCUAGCAGCCGUGUGUUCACUGAGUGUGCAACACAUACAGUGCCCAAGAGUCCUUUGCAAACAUGCAGAGCUUCAUCAGCGGACAAGCUGAUUUCUCUCAAGGCAGGAAGCUUGAAAUCUGCCAUAAGAGGUUGCACAUACAGAGUAGCUGUUCUGAAUAGAAAAAAGUUGUUGAAUGGAAUAAUUGUCUUAAUUUGGCCUGUUUGGGGCUUUUUUGCUUUUAUUUUUUUUAAUGGCCUUAUUUUCACUUUUUUUUAAUGUCUUAACACCCGGCCAAAUGAUUUAGUUACUACCUCACGCAAAUGAUUUAAAUGGUUUUUAUUACACAUCACAGGAAUUUUAGUUUUGAGGAAACCUAUUUUAGAUUUCCCCCCCCAGUGCAGUAUGUAAAUGCCAAGUUUGAGAAAAAUGCACAUACUGGCGCUUUUUUUUUUUUUAAUAAGUUCUUUAUACUGUGAUAUAGACUAAGAACAAAACUACAUUAAGAAGUGAUUUAUGGUCUGUAUUGAUGUUGUUAAUGCUUUUGAAUAUUUCAUAAUGUAUAUAAUGUAAAAUAAACUUUUUUUAACAUGUUUGUUGUACAAGUGGAUUAUCAUCUGCACUAAUUUUCUGAUUGGGGAAAAGUUUUCUUAACUGAGAUCAGUUUUGAUUCCAAUAAAAAUGUAGAAAGAAUAAAAAUUAAGAUGACUUUAGUU